AUGUCGGACUCAGACAGUGAUGAAGACCAAGACCGCCCCUUCUCUCUCACUGGCUUCCUCUUCGGGAACAUUAAUGAAGAUGGUCAGCUGGAGGGAGACAGCGUGCUGGACACUGUGAGUGACUAUUUUGUAACAAGAGGAAAGCACUCUGCAUAGUGUGCAAAAAAAACACAACUGUUUUGAAUGCAUACACUAAAGCAGGAAUGGGCAACGUAAUGGGGGGGCACCAAAAAUCAGAACUCAUCAUGAUGGGCAGCAUUGGCUCACGGGUCUGCAUACCCACACCCAUACCCACAUAUGCAGUCAGAGCCGGCCCUAGUCUUUUGGGGACCCGGAGUAGAGAUGUGACAAAUAGAAAAAAAUGAUUAACUUUUAAACUGACAUUUAAAAAAAUCUGUUUUCGAUUAAAAGGCUUUCAAUCUUUUGAUACAAUUCCAUGUGAAUUCACAAUGCAGCUGUGCUGCUGCCAGCAACGGUUUGGGUCUCACGGUGCAUCCCUUUCAGAUGGUUAAGCAUUGCACCUGUACUACCAUUACUGUACCUCAAAUCCACCUCACAAAGUUUGUAUUUCCUUCUCAUUUAUCUUGUCAAAGUAUUGCCAUACAGGACUUCACUACUGUCGCUUGCCUUUCUCUGCCAUUUUUCAGACGGUUAACGACGAUGACAUAGUAGUGGAGAGUCGACUCCAAAAUAAUUGAUUCCUCGACUCCAGGUGUUGACUCCCAUUUCUUAGUGUCAAGAUUCCAGUCCGCUAGGAAUCGACUCCUAAGAUUCAGUAUUUUUGGAACGGAAGAGACCAGUGCUUGACUUGAGCAGGAGCUCAUCGGAGCUGAGUACCGGUACCUCACAUUUUCUACUGCUUUAGCUCACGUUCCUCUUAUUUAUUUAAUCUUAGCCCAAAAGUAUUGUGGAGCACCUGCAUCUGAAUGUAAACAGUACCGGCGCACAAAAUGAGCACCUGCACCUAUUUCAGUCCAAGGUAAGCACUGGAGGAGACUAAUUAGUUGCCGUACUUCCGAGAACACAAACACUUGCAUCUUUCAUAGUGCGCUAGCGGGGGCUGAAGAGAGAGGGGAGGGGCACAGUAUGGGCAGGUCGGCCACCAGGCAUACAGUCAGAACCAUGCACUAGGCCAAUCUAUUGGCAAUCAAUAGCUACAGUGGGGGAAAAAAGUAUUUAGUCAGCCACCAAUUGUGCAAGUUCUCCCACUUAAAAAGAUGAGAGGCCUGUAAUUUUCAUCAUAGGUACACGUCAACUAUGACAGACAAAUUGAGAAUUUUUUUCUCCAGAAAAUCACAUUGUAGGAUUUUUUAUGAAUUUAUUUGCAAAUUAUGGUGGAAAAUAAGUAUAUGGUCACCUACAAACAAGCAAGAUUUCUGGCUCUCACAGACCUGUAACUUCUUCUUUAAGAGGCUCCUCUGUCCUCCACUCGUUACCUGUAUUAAUGGCACCUGUUUGAACUUGUUAUCAGUAUAAAAGACACCUGUCCACAACCUCAAACAGUCACACUCCAAACUCCACUAUGGCCAAGACCAAAGAGCUGUCAAAGGACACCAGAAACAAAAUUGUAGACCUGCACCAGGCUGGGAAGACUGAAUCUGCAAUAGGUAAGCAGCUUGGUUUGAAGAAAUCAACUGUGGGAGCAAUUAUUAGGAAAUGGAAGACAUACAAGACCACUGAUAAUCUCCCUCGAUCUGGGGCUCCACACAAGAUCUCACCCCGUGGGGUCAAAAUGAUCACAAGAACGGUGAGCAAAAAUCCCAGAACCACACGGGGGGACCUAGUGAAUGACCUGCAGAGAGCUGGGACCAAAGUAACAAAGCCUACCAUCAGUAACACACUACGCCGCCAGGGACUCAAAUCCUGCAGUGCCAGACGUGUCCCCCUGCUUAAGCCAGUACAUGUCCAGGCCCGUCUGAAGUUUGCUAGAGUGCAUUUGGAUGAUCCAGAAGAGGAUUGAGAGAAUGUCAUAUGGUCAGAUGAAACCAAAAUAUAUUUUUUUGGUAAAAACUCAACUCGUCUUGUUUGGAGGACAAAGAAUGCUGAGUUGCAUCCAAAGAACACCAUACCUACUGUGAAGCAUGGGGGUGGAAACAUCAUGCUUUGGGGCUGUUUUUCUGCAAAGGUACCAGGACGACUGAUCCGUGUAAAGGAAAGAAUGAAUGGGGCCAUGUAUCGUGAGAUUUUGAGUGAAAACCUCCUUCCAUCAGCAAGGGCAUUGAAGAUGAAACGUGGCUGGGUCUUUCAGCAUGACAAUGAUCCCAAACACACCGCCCGGGCAACGAAGGAGUGGCUUCGUAAGAAGCAUUUCAAGGUCCUGGAGUGGCCUAGCCAGUCUCCAGAUCUCAACCCCAUAGAAAAUCUUUGGAGGGAGUUGAAAGUCUGUGUUACCCAGCGACAGCCCCAAAACAUCACUGCUCUAGAGGAGAUCUGCAUGGAGGAAUGGGCCAAAAUACCAGCAACAGUGUGUGAAAACCUUGUGAAGACUUACAGAAAAGUUUGACCUGUGUCAUUGCCAACAAAGGGUAUAUAACAAAGUAUUGAGAAACUUUUGUUAUUGACCAAAUACUUAUUUUCCACCAUAAUUAGCAAAUAAAUUCAUAAAAAAAUUUUUUUUCUCAUUUUGUCUGUCAUAGUUGACUUGUACCUAUGAUGAAAAUAACAGGCCUCUCUCAUCUUUUUAAGUGGGAGAACUUGCACAAUUGGUGGCUGACUAAAUACUUUUUUUCCUCACUGUAUAUCUCGCAAUGGAAUGCUGUAUUUCGCAAUUUCUUGGCUUGCAAUGUCUUGCAACUUCAGUAAAGCAGGGCCUAUCAUCAAUGAAUAGGCUAGGAUAUUGAGAUGAGCGAGAUGCGACACUUCGCUCUCACACAGUCACACACAGUAUCUGUGCAUGUGCACGGGUUUGCUUCACACUGUUCACAGCUUGGUAGCCAGGGAAUCAAAACAGCAGAGAAGUUGAGCGUCACGCUUCAAAGCUCUUAGUUGUUGCGGAAAUUGACCCACUAUGCGGUUUACUUUCUGCAUCUACGAAAAAUCUUUCUUAAAGUUAAUCAAUCAAAUUUCAAUCAAAUUGAUUUAUAAAGCCCUUUUUAUAUCAGCAGAUGUCACAAAGUGCUUAUACAGAAACCCAGCCUAAAAUCCCCAUAGAGCAAGCAAUGCAGAUGUAAAAGCAUGGUGGUUAGGGAAAAACUCCCUAGAAACGCAGGAACCUAGGAAGAAACCUAGAGAGGAACAAGCUCUAAGGGGUGGCCAGUCCUUCUGGCUGUGCCGGUUGGAGAUUAUAAGAGUACAUGGCCAUUAAGUACAGAUCGUUCUUCAAGAUGUUCAAACGUUCAUAGAUGACCAGCAGGGUCAAAUAAUAAUCAGUGGUUGUAGAGGGUGCAACAGGUCAGCACCUCAGGAGUAAAUUUCAGUUGGCUUUUCAUAGCUGAGCAUUCAGAGGUCGCGACAGCAGGUGCGGUAGAGAGGGAGGGAGAGAGAGAGAGGGUCGAAAACAGCAUGUCCAGUGAACAGGCCAGGGUUCCAUAGCCACAGGCAAAACAGCAGAAACUGGUUGAGCAGCACGACCAGGUGGACUGGGGACAGGGACAGCCAAGAGUCUUCAGGCUAGGUAGUCCUGAGUCAUGGUCCUAGGGCUCAGGUCCUCUGGGAGGGGAGAGAGGGAAAGAUCCCAAUUUCGUAAAGAAAAAAUAUGUUCACACCCCUAGCCCUAAGCGACAUUUGUGAGCAAACACAUUUUAGCUUCCCCCCUCUUGACAGUGGAGAGAACAAAUUGAAGUUUUAGAGUUCGUUUUUCAUGCAUUCUGCUAGUGUUGCACGGUAUACCGAAACUUCUGUACUUUUUCGAUACUAGAACAUAAAAACGGUUCGGUACUCACAUUUGUAUUACUUUCUAUACUGAUAUGAUGAGUUUAUCUGGUAUCAAGUAAUUCAGGAUGCACAAAAAUAUUUAACACUUAGAUGGAGAGUUGAUACAAUAUGUAUUUAAUAGAUAUGGUACCGGGUUCGUAUAACAAACGGCACAUGCUUUACCUCUUGUCAUCCGAACUCCUCAACAAAGAAAACCUUUCAGUUUAUAUAGCCCUUCAAUCAUUUCUUCAACAACUUCUGGUAACCAUCAGUUGGCACUCCCCACUCUGAUGGUAUCACCUUGUACCCAAGUCAGUAUAUUCCAUCUAUCAAUCAUUCUAAGAUAAACACGAGUAAGCUCCCUCGACAUACUAGAAUCCUUAGCAUUCAGACUCUAACAUAUUUAACUUUGUUCCUACAACACUGUGAAAAGACGUCAUAUCAUAUACUUCUGUCAAAAUGUGUCUCACAUAUCAACUCUAUCAGCGCAGCCGAUGUCCCCUUAUAGCGCAAGACGCACACUGUGCCUGCUCCACUUACUCAUUGCUAGCCUGCACUGGGAGUCUGGGAUGCAUCAUGUUAGCUCCCCACUCAUGCAGCACAGAAGUUAACACAGUUGAAUAAUGUAACAUGGCAUGUAAAAAUGUCGAAACUGUUAUUACUGUUUACAAAACAAUGUCCAUACAGAUGAGAACACUUACCAAUGCAACAUGAUACCGCCGGUAGCUUCCAGCUUUGUAGUUUAACUUUCCUUGCUAGCUUACAGCUGAAGUGAACAUCAAUUCACUACCCUAGUACUUUGUUUGUGAUAAUACAGUGAGGGAAAAAAGUAUUUGAUCCCCUGCUGAUUUUGUACGUUUGCCCACUGACAAAGACAUGAUCAGUCUAUAAUUUUAAUGGUAGGUUUAUUUGAACAGUGAGAGACAGAAUAACAACAAAAGAAUCCAGAAAAACGCAUGUCAAAAAUGUUAUAAAUUGAUUUGCAUUUUAAUGAGGGAAAUAAGUAUUUGACCCCUCUGCAAAACAUGACUUAGUACUUGGUGGCAAAACCCUUGUUGGCAAUCACAGAGGUCAGACGUUUCUUGUAGUUGGCCACCAGGUUUGCACACAUCUCAGGAGGGAUUUGUCCCACUCCUCUUUGCAGAUCUUCUCCAAGUCAUUAAGGUUUCGAGGCUGACGUUUGGCAACUCAAACCUUCAGCUCCCUCCACAGAUUUUCUAUGGAAUUAAGGUCUGGAGACUGGCUAGGCCACUCCAGGACCUUAAUGUACUUCUUCUUGAGCCAAUCCUUUGUUGCCUUGACCGUGUGUUUUGGGUCAUUGUCAUGCGGAAUACCCAUCCACGACCCAUUUUCAAUGCCCUGGCUGAGGGAAGGAGGUUCUCACCCAAGAUUUGACGGUACAUGGCCCCGUCCAUCGCCCCUUUGAUGCGGUGAAGUUGUCCUGUCCCCUUAGCAGAAAAACACUCCCAAAGCAUAAUGUUUACACCUCUAUGUUUGACGGUGGGGGUGGUGUUCUUGGGGUCAUAGGCAGCAUUCCUCCUUCUCCAAACACGGCGAAUUGAGUUGAUGCCAAAGAGCUCGAUUUUGGUCUCAUCUGACCACAACACUUUCACCCAGUUCUCCUCUGAAUCAUUCAGAUGUUCAUUGGCAAACUUCAGACGGGCCUGUAUAUGUGCUUUCUUGAGCAGGGGGACCUUACAGGCGCUGCAGGAUUUCAUCCUUCACGGCGUAGUGUGUUACCAAUUGUUUUCUUGGUGGCUAUGGUCCCAGCUGCCUUGAGAUCAUUGACCAGAUCCUCCCGUGUAGUUCUGGGCUGAUUCCUCACCGUUCUCAUGAUCAUUGCAACUCCACGAGGUGAGAUCUUGCAUGGAGCCCCAGGCCGAGGGAGAUUGACAGUUAUUUUGUGUUUCUUCCAUUCGCGAAUAAUCGCACCAACUGUUGUCACCUUCUCACCAAGCUGCUUGGCGAUGGUCUUGUAGCCCAUUCCAGCCUUGUGUAGGUCUACAAUCUUGUCCCUGACAUCCUUGGAGAGCUCUUUGGUCUUGGCCAUGGUGGAGAGUUUGGAAUCUGAUUGAUUGAUUGCUUCUGUGGACAGGUGUCUUUUAUACAGGUAACAAGCUGAGAUUAGGAGCAGUCCCUUUAACAGUGUGCUCCUAAUCUCAGCUCGUUACCUGUAUAAAAGACACCUGGGAGCCAGAAAUCUUUCUGAUUGAGAGGGGGUCAAAUACUUAUUUCCCCUUAUUAAAAUGCAAAUCAAUUUAUAACAUUUUUGACAUGCAUUUUUCUGGAUUUUGUUGUUGUUAUUCUGUUUAAAUAAACCUACCAUUAAAAUUAUAGACUGAUAAUUUCUUUGUCAGUGGGCAAACAUACAAAAUCAGCAGGGGAUCAAAUACUUUUUUCCCUCACUGUAUGCAAACCAUAAUGCAAAAUAUGCUGAUUUCACAGCUGAUUGCAACCAAAAACUUUAUUCAUUCACUUAAUCGGUCUCUCUGUCACAUCGUUCCAUCAGCCAAAGGUUAUCUAUUUCCUCAACGAACAGUCAGUAUUUGUGAAUAGGGCUCUGACAGGUCGCACCCCUCUUGCCUCCUGAAUGACAUUACUGGUUAAAGAGACAGCGCAUACUUUUAUAAAAUAAGCUUUCUAUGCUAAUGUUGUUGAUCAGUACAAUAAAAUAAGUCCCACAUGAAAGAGAAACAGAUUGUUUGUCAUCUGUAUCCCCGUGAAAUCAGCCAAAACAAGCUCAAUAACUCAAUGCAUGCACACACUCCUAUUGGAUAUGCAUUCAUCUGUAUGGUGGAUAGGCUAGGCUACAUCUUGAUUUACCCAGUUUAUCAAUACAGAUUUACCAUUCAAAUAAAUUAUUACUAUUAUGUUAUGAAGUUAGAUUGGUAAAAAUAAAGUCCAAUUGAUUGUAUAAUUGAUUCAUCAAUACAUACAUGGCUACAUCGCAAACAGAGAGCGCAAGUGAAGAGGGAAUUAUGGCUCUAGGCAGAAGCUUUGCUUUGGCGUUUCUGAUUUUAUUCUACAAUUCAAAUAUGGAGAUUAUCCCAAACUACUGUUACACCUACACCGAAUGUCGUGGAUGGAAAUCUUCGCUUUCAUAGUGUGAACUUCAGCCAUGAACAACUUUACCGGCACCUGAUAUCACCUUUCCUAUGGGAACAGCUGAGCCGCGAGGGGAAUGUACACAGGAAACGCUGCAGCGCAGCUGAGACUGGUGUCAACCCCAACAAGCUGCUUGUUACUUUCAGUCUGCUACUCUGUGGCGAUGUACACCCCUGUCCUGGCCCAAACACCUCAAAGCAAGCUAAACAACUAUCCCCAAAAUAUUUAUAUUUUAUUCAACUUUGUUCAAUUGUAUUCUUCAUACUAUAAAAUAAUUUAAAAUAAUGCCACGGAAUUCUAAGCAAAUCUUGUCUGCUAAAUGUACUAGUGUAGCCCACAGCCAUUUGGCAUAGCCACAUCAGGACCUAACAUAAGGACAACUCAGAGUAUGCUAUUCUGUUCUUCUAUCAUGCUUCUUUAGACCUGUCUAAAAUAAAUAAUGGAUUUAUUGUGAAGGUGUAGGCUAUAUUACAUGGAUUUAUUCGACUUUCUAAAAUGUAGAUGUUUUAAAGGUCUGCAUCAGUGGCUUGUAGGCUGUGUGUGGAAGCCAGGAGAUGUUGAAUGUGUUUAUGUUAAUUAACGGUCAAUUACCGUGAGACCGACAGUUAUUUGCUUGACAAUCACCUGCUGACGAAAUUUCAUGACUGCCACAGCCCUAGCUCCGAUGACACAAAUUCGAAUCAAAUUGCGGUCAAGGAAAUGGAUCACUUCCGAGAUCUUAGAACUCAUGAGGAAAAGGGAUCGCUACCUGGCCAAAUUCAAAAGGACAAAUCUACAACAAGAUUAUGAUGCUUAUAUUAACUGUAGAAACCAGGCAAAAUACAAAAUGGAUAACGCCAAAUCCCAACAUUACAUAGACGCUGUUAAUGACAACUUACAUCAGCCUCGUAAACUGUGGAACAUUUUUAAGAACAUUGGCUCAAAAACUCCCCAUAAGGUAAAAUCCUGUAGUAUUGACCUGGAAAUUGAUGAUGUUUGAUGCUAUGACCAGGCAAAGGUUGCAAAUUAUUUUAACACAUUUUUAUCACUUUAGCCUCAAGAAGUUACCAACCUGCCCUGGACACUAUGGCCAGUCUUUCAUUAACAACUUUUACCAUAGCAAACGUAUCACAAAUUAUUUUUUGGAGCUGUGCAUGGUAACAGAGGACAACGUUUCCAAUCUACUAUGCUUAAUGAGCAUAAACAAAGCAACUGGGCUGGAUAACCUUCCUGCAAGAUUAAUAAAUGAUAGUGCUUGUGUCACUGCUAAAAUGAUAACGCAUAUUGUAAACCUUUCUAUUAGUAGGGGUACAUUUCCCAAUGAUCUCAAAACAGUCAGGGUGGUUCCGCUCCACAAGAAGAGCAGUAAAACAAAUGUAGGAAACUACAGGCCUGUGUCGAUCCUCAGCACCUUAUCCAAAGUUGUUGAGAGAUUCGUUUUUUAAUCAACUUGAGGGAUACCUGCUCAAUCACAAACUUCUUUAUGAACUCCAAUCUGGCUUUAGAACAGCUCAUUCCACUGAUACUUGCCUUAUCCACCUUUUUGACCACAUCAAGCAGGAAAGUGAGAAGGCGAACUAUACAGGUAUGGUCAUGUUAGACUUGCAGAAAGCCUUUGACACUGGACCAUGAUAUUCUCCUGAUGAAACUGAAAUGCAUGGGUCUAAAUGAUGUAGCAGUGAAUUGGUAUAGGUCUUUUCUGACCAACAGAACACAAGCGUGUCAUGUUGGUGAUGUUCUGUCAGAGGCCAAAGAAAUAUCCUGUGGAGUACUGCAGGGAUACAUUUUAGGGCCUCCCUUAUUUCCUAUAUACAUCAAUGAUAUGCCAGAUACAGUAAAGUGCAAACUCCUGCUUUAUGCUGAUGACUCAGCCCUACUGGUAUCAGGGAAGGAUACAGUUUACAUAGAGGAGACCUUGAGUAAGGAAUUUCAUCAUUGGUUGACUGACAACAAAUUGUCGCUACAUUUGGGAAAAACUGAGUAGAUUUUGUUUGGAACAAAACGUAGAUUGCUUAGGGCUGACAAGAUAAAGGAAAACUGUGCAGGCAAGGAGAUUGAAUCUAAAACAAGUAACUUAUCUUGGUGUAUGCUUAGAUCAGUUCCUUUCUGGAGACCUGAUUGCUGCUAAAAUUAUUUCUAAAAUGGCGAACAAAUUGAAAUGUUUAUAUCGUAACACUAGAUAUUUUAACAUCAAAGUAAAAAAAAACUCCUUGUCUCAACCUUGAUAUAGUGUCAUUUUAAUUAUGCCUGCUCUUCUUGGUAUAGUGGGCUAUCAAAACAUCUGAAAAAGAGAAUGCAGGCCAUGCAAACUAAUGUUAUCAGGUAUACAGUGCAUUCGUAAAGUAUUCAGACGCCUUGACUUUUUCCACAUUUUGUUAAGUUACAGCCUUAUUCUAAAAUGGAGUAAAUUACAUUGCUAUGAGACUCAAAAUUGAGCUCAGGUGCAUCCUGUUUCCAUUGAUCAUCCUUGAGAUGUUUCUACAACUUGAUUGGAGUCCACCUGUGGUCAAUUCAAUUGAUUGGACAUGAUUUGGAAAGGCACACACCUGUCUAUAUAAGGUCCCACAGUUGACAGUGCAUGUCAGAGCAAAAACCAAGCCAUGAGGUCAAAGGAAUUGUCCGUUGAGCUCCGAGACAGGAUUGUGUCGAGGCACAGAUCUGGGGAAGGGUACCAAACAAUGUCUGCAGCAUUGAAGGUCCCCAAGAACACAGAGGCCUCCAUCAUUCUUAAAUGGAAGAAGUUUGGAACCAACAAGACGCCUGGCCAAACUGAGCAAUUGGGGGAGAAGGGCCUUGUUCAGGGAGGUGACCAUGAACCCAAUGGUCACUCUGACAGAGCUCCAGAGUUCCUCUGUGGAGAUGGGAGAACCUUCCAGAAGGACAACCAUCUCUGCAGCACUCCACCAAUCAGGCCUUUAUGGUAGAGUGGCCAGACGGAAGCCACUCCUCAGUAAAAGGCACAUGACAGCCCGCUUGGAGUUUGCCAAAAGGCACCUAAAGACUCUCAGACCAUAAGAAACUAGAUUUUCUGGUCUGAUGAAACCAAGAUUGAACUCUUUGGCCUGAAUGCCAAGAGUCACGUCUGGAGGAAACCUGGCACCAUCCCUACGGGGAAGCAUGAGUACAGGACAUCACAAGGCUUCUUCUGACUGUUCUAGCUGUCGUAGUCCAUGUGGUGUCAAACGACAUCAGGAGGGCUAGCUCGGAACAUCUGAAAAUGUAUUUUGAAGAACUGAUUUUAGCAUUAAAAGACUCCAAAAUACAGCCAAUCAAUUCAGGUCCAGUACAUUCGUUUUGCCGCGGGUGUGAAAGAUUCAGCAGGCUACUGGCAUUACACAUCUGGCUAAAAGAUUACUGUAGCUCUGUUGGAAUCACUUUUAUAGAUAACUUUGACACCUUCUGGUUGAGAGAAUGCCAAGCGUGUGCAAAGCUGUCAUCAAGGCAAAGGGUGGCUAUUUGAAGAAUCUCAAAUAUAAAAUAUAUUUUGAUUCGUUUAACACUUUUUUUGGUUACUACAUGUUAUUUCAUAGUUGUGAUGUCUUCACUAUUAUUCUACAAUGUAGAAAAUAGUAAAAAUAAAGAAAAACCCUUGAAUGAGUAGGUGUUCCUAGGGGCGUUGGCAGACACAAUGUAAGUAACUUAAUUAUGUCCCCCUAAUUGGCCUGAAAACCUCUGUAGGAUCAACAGCUAUUGUAUGCUAGUAGGAAGACCACUGUGUGCCGCUCACCCUGCACUAUCAGCUACAAUAUAAAUAACAUGAGCUAGUCUACUUCUGAUAAGCUUCCCAGUAAAGCAUUAAAAACAAUCAAGCAACCCAGAAAAGUGCUAAAAAUAGCCCAUAUUAACAUAUGCAGCCUGAGAAACAAGGUUCAUGAAGUCAAUAACUUGCCUGUAACAGAUGACAUUCAUAUUCUGACUAUCUCUGAAACUCACUUAGAAAAUACCUUUGAUACAGUGGUAGCGAUACAUGGUUAUAACAUCUACCGAAAAGACAGAAAUGCCAACGGGGCGGUGUUGCGGUCUAUAUUCAGAACCACAUUCCUGUAAAGCUUAGAGACGAUCUCAUGUUAAAUACUGUUGAAGUAAUAUGGCUACAGGUUCAUCUGCCUCACCUCAAGCCCAUUCUUGUGGGAAGCUGCUAUAGACCACAAAGUGCUAACAGUCAGUAUCUGGAUAAUAUGUGUGAAAUGCUUGAUAAUGUAUGUGAUAUCAACAGAGAAGUAUAUUUUCUGGGUGAUUUAAAUAUUGACUGGCUCUCAUCAAGCUGCCCACUCAAGAAAAAACGUCAAUUGUAACCAGUGCCUACAACCUGGUUCAGGUUAUCAGUCAACCUACCAGGGUAGUUAAAACAGCACAGGAAUGAAAUCUUCAACGUGUAUUGAUCACAUCUUUACUAAUGCUUGCUUUAAAGCAGUAUCCAAAUCCAUAGGAUGUAGUGAUCACAAUAUAGUAGCCAUAUCUAGGGAAACCAAAGUUCCAAAGGCUGGGCCUAAUAUAGUGUAUAAGAGCUCAUACAAUAAGUUUAGUAGUGAUUCAUAUGUUGAUGAUGUAAAUAAUAUUUGCUGGUCUGUGGUGUGUAAUGAGGAGCAACCAGAUGCUGCACUUGACACAUUUAUGAAAUUGCUUAUUCCAGUUACUAAUAAGCCCAUUAAGAAAAUGACUGUAAAAACGGUUAAAUCCCCUUGGCUUGAUGAGGAAUUGGAUAAAUGUAAUGGUUGAGAUGGAUGAGGUAAAAGGUAUGGAAAAUAAGUCUGGCAGCCAAACUGAUUGGCAAACGUACUGCAAAUGUAAGAAAUCAUGUGACUAAACUAAAUAAAAAAAUUAAAAUAAACAAUGGUAUGAAACAAAGAUAAAUUAUAUAACGAAUGAUAGUAAUAAGCUUUGGAGCACCUUAAAUUACAUUUUGGGAAAAAAGGCAAACUCGGCUCCAUCAUUCAUUGAAUCAGAUGGCUCAUUCAUCACAAAACUCACUGAAAUUGCCAACUACUUUAAUGACUUUUUCAUUGGCAAGAUAAGCAAACUUAGGUAUGACAUGCCAGCAACAAAUGCUGACACUACACAUUCAAGUAUAUCUGACCAAAUUAUGAAAUACAAGGUUUGUACUUUUGAAUUAUGUAAAGUCAGUGUGGAAGAGGUGAAAAAAGUAUUGUUGUCUAUCAACAAUGACAAGCCACCGGGGUCUGACAAUCUGGAUGGAAAAUUACUGAGGAUAAUAGCGGACGAUAUUGCCUCUCCUAUUUGCCACAUCUUCAAUUUAAGCUACUAGAAAGUGUGUGCCCUCAGGCCUUUAGGGAAGCAAAAGUCGUUCUGCUACCCAAUAAUACACUGCUAAAAAAAAUAAAGGGAACACUUAAACAACACAAUGUACAGUGGGGAAAAAAAGUAUUUAGUCAGCCACCAAUUGUGCAAGUUCUCCCACUUAAAAAGAUGAGAGAGGCCUGUAAUUUUCAUCAUAGGUACACGUCAACUAUGACAGACAAAUUGAGGGAAAAAAAUCCAGAAAAUCACAUUGUAGGAUUUUUAAUGAAUUUAUUUGCAAAUUAUGGUGGAAAAUAAGUAUUUGGUCACCUACAAACAAGUAAGAUUUCUGGCUCUCACAGACCUGUAACUUCUUCUUUAAGAGGCUCCUCUGUCCUCCACUCGUUAUCUGUAUUAAUGGCACCUGUUUGAACUUGUUAUCAGUAUAAAAGACACCUGUCCACAACCUCAAACAGUCACACUCCAAACUCCACUAUGGCCAAGACCAAAGAGCUGUCAAAGGACACCAGAAACAAAAUUGUAGACCUGCACCAGGCUGGGAAGACUGAAUCUGCAAUAGGUAAGCAGGUUGGUUUGAAGAAAUCAACUGUGGGAGCAGUUAUUAGGAAAUGGAAGACAUACAAGACCACUGAUAAUCUCCCUCGAUCUGGGGCUCCACGCAAGAUCUCACCCCGUGGGGUCAAAAUGAUCACAAGAACGAUGAGCAAAAAUCCCAGAACCACACGGGGGGACCUACUGAAUGACCUGCAGAGAGCUGGGACCAAAGUAACAAAGCCUACCAUCAGUAACACACUACGCCGCCAGGGACUCAAAUCCUGCAGUGCCAGACGUGUCCCCCUGCUUAAGCCAGUACAUGUCCAGGCCCGUCUGAAGUUUGCUAGAGUGCAUUUGGAUGAUCCAGAAGAGGAUUGGGAGAAUGUCAUAUGGUCAGAUGAAACCAAAAUAUAACUUUUUGGUAAAAACUCAACUCGUUGUGUUUGGAGGACAAAGAAUGCUGAGUUGCAUCCAAAGAACACCAUACCUACUGUGAAGCAUGGGGGUGGAAAAAUCAUGCUUUGGGGCUGUUUUUCUGCAAAGGGACCAGGACGACUGAUCCGUGUAAAGGAAAGAAUGAAUGGGGCCAUGUAUCGUGAGAUUUUGAGUGAAAACCUCCUUCCAUCAGCAAGGGCAUUGAAGAUGAAACGUGGCUGGGUCUUUCAGCAUGACAAUGAUCCCAAACAUACCACCCGGGCAACGAAGGAGUGGCUUCGUAAGAAGCAUUUCAAGGUCCUGGAGUGGCCUAGCCAGUCUCCAGAUCUCAACCCCAUAGAAAAUCUUUGGAGGGAGUUGAAAGUCCGUGUUGCCCAGCGACAGCCCCAAAACAUCACUGCUCUAGAGGAGAUCUGCAUAGAGGAAUGGGCCAAAAUACCAGCAACAGUGUGUGAAAACCUUGUGAAGACUUACAGAAAACGUUUGACCUGUGUCAUUGCCAACAAAGGGUAUAUAACAAAGUAUUGAGAAACUUUUGUUAUUGACCAAAUACUUAUUUUCCACCAUAAUUUGCAAAUAAAUUCAUAAAAAAUCCUACAAUGUGAUUUUCAGGAUUUUCUUUCCUCAUUUUGUCUGUCAUAGUUGACGUGUACCUAUGAUGAAAAUUACAGGCCUCUCUCAUCUUUUUAAGUGGGAGAACUUGCACAAUUGGUGGCUGACUAAAUACUUUUUUUCCCCCACUGUACAUUUCAUGCAAUUCUACUCAAUUUGCCAUGGGGCGGAGAGAAAAAUGUGCAGUUUUACAUCGAAUUUCCUGCAAUUCUACACAUUUUGCCUACAGUGGAUUUUGCCCUGACUUAUGCCAUGUUAAUAUGAUAUCUGAUUGUGAAAACAAAAUCAAUGAGGGCCCCCCGGUCGGUAAUUCGACCAUGAUUACUAUAAGUUUAGAUAGAUGGCUAGACUAACUUACCAAUCUAAAAAGAAAUGUACGACAUGGGCUAAUUAAGUGACUGUCAGUGACUGACAUAAAAAGAGAAACUGCUGAUGCACAACCAAAUUUUUAAAUUGCACCUUGUGUAUUCUUCUAUUCUAACGCUCAACAGUAAGUUGAGACCCCGACUGAGUUCCCCAUCCCUGCGCAAAGUGUGCCUAACAACAGGACUGAGAUGUCAAUUUGCUGAUUAUAGGUUUACACUAUAUAUACAAAAGUAUGUGGACACCCGAUCAAAAUAUCUGAAGGAAGUUUGUUCUGAAGUGUCUGUCCUAUAUCUGAGAGAUACAGUAUGUUGAUCACUUGUCCACUGUCUUUGGUGCAAUGUUACUUUUAUAAACAGUCUUUAUAAACACCUGGUAUAUUCCAAUACACUUUGGCAUAUCAAAUGCUGUGGUUGUUUGACAAUGGUAUUUCCCUCCACACCCCAGGAAUCCAAAAAGCACCUGGCUGGCCUGGGCUCCCUGGGACUGGGCAACCUCAUCACAGAGAUCACUGCUAGUGAGGAAGAUGAUCCUGACGAGGACAGAGACACAGGUGGCACAGACGCAGAGGGUAAGAGGAAGGGCAUGGAGUAAGGCUGUGGGUGGGGUAGUUCCUAGCCCUACAGAGCUCACUGUCAUGUACAGUGCCUUCAGAAAGUAAUCAUACCCCUUGACUUAUUCCACAUUCUGUUGUGUUACAGCCUGAAUUCAAAAAGGAUUACAUUGAUUUUUCUCUCUCUCACCAUCUACACACAAUACCCCAUAAUGACAAAGUGAAAACCUGUUUUUAGAAAUGUUGCUAAUUUAUUGAAAAUUAAAUGCAUAAAUAUCUAAUUUACAUAAGUAUUUACACCCCUGAGUCAAUACUUUGUAGAACCAACUUUGGCAGCAAUUACAACUGUGAGCCUUUCUGUGUAAGUCUCUCUUAAGCGCUUUCCACACCUGGAUUGUGCAACAUUUGCCCAUUUAUUAUUUCAAGAAUUCUUCAAGCUCUGUCAUUGGUUGUUGAUCAUUGCUAGAUAAACAUUUUCAGAUCUUGCCAUAGAUUUUUAAGUACUUUUAAGUCAAAACUGUACCUCGGCCACUCACUGUCUUCUUUGUAAGCAACUGCAGUGUAGAUUUGGCCUUCUGUUUUAGGUUAUUGUCCUGCUGAAAGGUGAAUUAAUCUCCCAGUGUCUGGUGGAAAGCAGACUGAACCAGGUUUUCCUCUAGGAUUCCGUUCCAUUUCUAUUUUAUCCAAUCCUUAACGAUAACAAGCAUACCCAUAACAUGAUGCAGCCACCACUAUGCUUGGAAAUAUGGAGAGUGGUACUCAGUAAUGUGUUGUGUUGGAUUUGCCUCGAACAUAACUUUUUGUCCUGAAUACAGUGUUAAUUGCUUUGCCACAUUUUUUGCAGUAUUACUUUAGUUCCUUGUUGUACAGGCUUCCUUCUUUUCACUCUGUCAAUUAGGUUAGUAUUAUGGAGUAACUACAAUGUUGUUGAUCCAUCCUUAGUUUUCUCCUAUCACAGCCAUUCAAAUCUGUAACUGUUUUAAAGUCACCAUUGGCCUCAUGGUGAAAUCCCUGAGUGGUUUCCAUCCUCUCCGGCAACUGAGUUAGGAAGUACGCCUGUAUCUUUGUAGUGACUGGGUGUAUUGAUACACCAUCAAAAGUGUAAUUAAUAACUUCACCAUGCCCAAAUGGGAUAUUCAAUGUCAUUCAAAAAUCAUGUUAAACACUAUUAUUGCACACAGAGUGAGUCCAUGCAACCUAUUAUAUUACUUGUUAAGCACAUUUCUUACUCCUGAACCUUAGGCUUGGCAUAACAAAGGAUUUGAAUACUUAUUGACUUUCAUUUUUACACAACAAAAUGUGGAAAAAGUCUAGGAGUCUGAAUAUUUUCUGAAGGCACUGUGUACAGGAUUACAGGUAAUAACAGUAAGUACAGUUAUUUUAACAGUAACCUUCUGUCUUAGGGCAUUACAUUGGAGAAGCGUUCAAGUUAGGUACGCAGCAAAUUGCUAUCUCUUUUAGCAGCAUGUGUGCCGUGUUGGAAGGUAUCCAUAAUCGGUAAACGGUUCUGAUUGAAACGUCAUCGCUUGCAUCGCCAAGCAGGUCCAGGAAAUAAUAAAAUCAAAGUGUUAGAUGCUACCAACCUCCUUCCAUAAUCAAAACCAAACAAGGAUGUCAAUGCUUGUGCGCACAUGCUCCAUUCUACUUCCUGUCUGUGGCAGCAUGGUGCCCAUAUUGCGAGGCUGAUUAGCUAGGACAAGCAGCUGUGAAACACAGACAGGUGUGCCCGCAAAGUGAGAGCACAACAUGGAAUCCAUGUUUGGUUUUGAUUUGGAAGAGGGAGGUGGCGUCUAGAAAUAGGAUUUCAUUAUUUCUUGGGCACUGCUCGGCAAUGCAAACGACAACCUCCUAAUCAGAACCGUCUACCGAUUACGGAUCUACAUGUGAAAAGUGUCGCCAAACGGGCUCAGGCACGGGGUGGCAAAUAACUUGCAAGGUGGGUAUAUGUUGCAAGACCAGACCGGAGUUCCACUUAGGUCAAAACUGGGCUAGGGUAGUUCCGUGGCUGGGAACUGUCAUGUAACUGGCUCAACAUGAACAGUCAAUAUGCUCCUUAGUUGUGUUUGUAAGUUGUAUGUCUGUAAAUGCUGUGAUAAAUGAGUGACGGUUUCAUGUCCUGUUUCUUAUGCAGGCUGGGUGAAGAACGAUGCAGAUGCAGUUGAUUAUUCUGACAUCAACGAGGUGGCUGAAGAUGAGACUAAGAAGUAUCGUCAGGCCAUGGGCAGCCUGCAGCCUACCAGGAGGACAGGUGCAGUAAUACCCAUGCAACUAUUCACAUACACUGCAUAUACAAAACAUUAAGAACACCUGCUCUUACGUAUGUAUAUACUAUACACAGACCUCUAGGAGUGCUUGUAUCCUAGUUUACCAGAACAGAUCAAUUAAGCUUAUUUCAUUUCCACCCUCGUCAUCAGAGACUUUGCACAGCCGGUAACUGGACACUCUCUCUCUCUCUCUGUCUCUCUGUCUCAGAUGAUGAGGAUGACUAUGAUGCAGAUUGUGAGGAUAUUGAUGCCAAGCUUAUGCCCCCUCCACCUCCUCCAAGUCUCCCCACGCCUGGUGGCAAGAAAGACGACUCCUCUCCCACGGCUGCAAGUGGUAAGGAUCGGAUAAGGAAGGGCCAAAGGGUGGCGGUCAACUGUAAUUUAUUUUGUCUUUGAUCAAUCCAGUGCCGGUGAAAAGAUACUUUGUACUUCUCCUGUACAAGUAUAAUUCUUCAUAAUCUGUUAAAAAGUAAACAUGGAUAUUGAUGUAUUUAAUGUAAAAAAUACAGGCUAGUAAGUUAACACUCAUCAAAGGGGCUCUAACCCCAGUGUAUGCUAUUGUGUUUGUCCACAGUCGGGGAUGAAGGAGACGGGAUCAUCUUGCCCUCCAUCAUCGCUCCUUCCUCUCUGGUAGACAAAGUGGACUUCAGCAGUUCCUCAGACUCUGAGUCGGAGACAGACCGGCCCUCUACAGGCCCUGGGUCUGGGGGUCCUCCAGCCUGCCUCAGCCUGCCCCUGGCUGGCAUCAUGCAGAAGGAUGCUGCCAAAGCCCUGCCUGGCGUCACACAGCUCUUCCCAGAGUUCAGGCCUGGAAGGGUGAGCUGUCCUUUUUGGUAACACUAUAUAGUACACCACAUAACAGAGAGUUGUGAUUGGAUGAUUAAUACCUUUCAAAAUGAAUACCUAUCCACUCCUCUGAACCCCUCCAGGUGCUGCGGUUCCUUCGACUGUUUGGCCCUGGGAAGAACAUGCCGUCGGUGUGGCGGAGCGCACGGAGGAAGAGGAAGAGGAAGCACCGCGACCCUCAGCCAGGGACACCCCCACCAGAGGGCGCUGAGCCCAUGGAGCAGCAGGGACCAGAGAAGAAGUCUGGCUGGGAUUAUGAGUACGCCCCACCUCCACCCCCAGAACAGUGCCUGUCUGACGACGAGGUCAGUGUGCAACAACCAUGGUCUUAGUCAAAGAUGUGUAGAACUGUGAAAACUUGUUUGAAAUCCCUGUGAAACUGUGUGGUUAUUUACCGGUACAGUUUUUCACAGCUAAUUUAUGAGAGCUUACUAGGUUAAGUAAUAUGAUUCAGUGUCAAUAUAAUUAUUUAUGGGAUCUUUCUCCUUAGAAAAGGAAAUGGACAAAAGUGAUUACUCUAAAAGAUAAUCUUCAAUAAUUAAUUCCUGGUCCCUCUUUGCUCCCCCCAGAUCACCAUGAUGGCCCCAAUAGAGUCCAAGUUCUCCCAGACCUCUGGAGACGGGGACAAGGUGGCAGAGUCCAGGCCCAAGGUGGCAGAGUGGCGCUACGGUCCGGCCCAGCUCUGGUACGACAUGAUGGGGGUCCCUGACGAUGGCAGUGGCUUCUACUACGGCUUCAAACUGAAGGAGAAGGAGGACGAUGAGCAGGAGAAACGGGAGAGGCCAGAACCACCACCACCUUUACAACUUCCCAAAGAGGUUAGCAACCCAUACCCAUACCCAUAGGAUUAGAUCAUGGGGUUCCUUAAAGGAGCAUUCAGCAGUUGAAACAAUAACAAAGCGCCCUCCCACCACUGUUUUGGUAAAAAGCUGAGGGAUGGGGCUGGAGAAAUGUAACCACUCUUGAUAGUUUUAACCAUGUGAGGCUAUACAGUGUUUGUUUACAAGCACAUUACUCUGUUUACAAACAUUGGAGUAAAACAAUCGUAUAUGUUGGGUUCUGGUGGAGUACGACUGUUGAACUAAGCUAAUGAGGCAUUUAGAAGUUAUAUUCUUCAAGAAUCAAUUGGUGCAUAUCAUUCAUUUAUAAGUCCAAAUAUGGAUGUAGCAACUGCAGAUUGCCCCUUUUAAGAAUCAAUCACCCAUUUUCUAUCUACAACUCUAAGUUAGAAGAGAGCAGAUUUUGCUGCGAAGAGACAGAAUCAUUACAUCAUUUGUUUUGGUGCUUUCCAUAUGUAGCUUGUUUUUGGUCGCAGGUUCAGGAAUGGCUGAUGAAUUGCAACAAUUGCCUGGAGCUAACUCUACAAAUAGCAGUGCUGGGUGAUUUUAAAAAGUCAUAGUCAAUCGAUCAAUAAUGUAAUAAUACUCUAAGCAAAUAUAUUUAUCUUUCAUUUACAAUCUGUAGAAACUAUGAGAAUUUUUGUGAAACAUCACAGUACAGUUGAAAAGUAUAUGGCAAAUAGUUAUCAAAACUGGAUGGUGUUCAGAGAUGGAGUGGAGCUGAAGGAUGGGACUAAAAAUAACAAUAACUAAUGUAAAAUAUAUAAACCAGGCCUGCUAUUCAUAGCAGACUUUGAAAAGGCAUUUGAAGUACGACUGGGGUUUAUAUAUAAAUGCCUGGUGCAUUUCAAUUUUGGAGAAUCUCUUAUAAAAUGGGUUAAAAUCAUGUAUAGUAACCCUAGGUGUAAAAUAGUAAAUAAUGGCUAUUUCUCUGAACGUUUUAAACUGUCAAGAGGAGUGAAACAAGGUUGUCCACUCUCGGCAUAUCUAUUUAUUAUGGCCAUCGAAAUAUUAGCUAUUAAAAUCAGAUCCAACAAUAAUAUCAAGGGAUUAGAAAUCCAGGGUUUAAAAACAAAGGUGUCAUUGUACACUGAUGAUUCAUGUUUACUUUUAAAUCCACAACUUACAUUUUAAAUUUUUACAUUUUAGUCAUUUAGCAGACGCUCUUAUCCAGAGCGACUUACAGGAGCAAUUAGGGUUAAGUGCCUUGCUUAAGGGCACAUCGACAGAUUUUUCACCUAGUCGGCUCGGGGAUUAGAACCAGCAACCUUUCGGUUACUGGCACAACGCUCUUACCCACUAAGCUACCUCCCUCCACAGCCUCAUAGAGGAUCUAGAUACAUUUUCUAACCUCUCUGGAUUACAACCAAAUUAUGAUAAAUGUACUAUAUUACAUAUUGGAUCACUAAAAAAUAAAAUAAAAUUACAUGACCAUGUAGUUUACCAAUAAAAUGGUCUGAUGGUGAUGUGGAUAUGCUCGGAAUACAUAUCCCAAAUAAAAUAAAUGAUCUCACUCCAAUACAUUUUAAUAGAAAGUUAGCAAAAAUAGAUAAGAUCUUGCUAACAUGGAAAGGUAAAUACCUGUCAAUUUGUGGAACAAUCACCCUGAUGAACUCUUUAGUAUUAUCCCAAUUUACCUAUUUGCUUAUGGUCUUGCCUACGCCUAGCGAACAGUUUUUAAAAUUAUAUGAGAAAAAAAGAUUCAAUUUUAUUUGGAACGGCAAGCCAGACAAAAUUAAACAGGCCUAUUUAUAUAAUAUAUACAUUUAUAUAUAUUUAUAUAAUAUGAAUUCGGAGGACAGAAAUUAUUAAAUAUUAAAGCAUUAGACCUAUCACUAAAAGCUUCAGUCAUACAAAUGUUAUACUUAAAUCCGAACUGGUUCUCUAGCAAAUUAGUAAGAUUGUCUCACCCUAUGUUCAAGAAUGGCCUUUUUCCCUUUAUUCAGAUUACAACCUCUCACUUUCAGUUAUUUGAAAAGGAAAUCAUCUCCCAAAUAUCACUAUUUCUAAAACAAGCCAUAGAAAGCUGGUUGCAAUUUCAAUUUAAUCCUCCAGAAACGACAGAACAAAUAAUGCAACAAAUAUUGUGGUUAAACUCAAAUAUACAAAUUGAUUAAAAAGCAUUAUUUUUUGAAAAAAUGUUUACAAAAGGUAUAAUCUUCGUAAAUGAUAUCAUAGGUAGGAAAACAAAAUUACAACCAAAUAAUUGCAGCAUUACCGCAAAAAUGGAAGGGGGAAAAGUAAGGAACUUGUCUGUCGGCCUUGCAUUAAAGAACAUAAUUGGUUAAAGAAAAUUGUGAUACAUAAAAAAUGUAUACCAGUUUCAUUUAAGGACCAAAGGAUUGACAGCCAUCCCAUAUAGAUUGCAAAAUAGUUGGGAAGAGAUUUUUGACGUACUGAUUCCAUGGCAUAGUGUUUAUGAACUGAUACGCAAAAUGACCCCGAUUUCAAAACUUAGAAUUUUUCUAUUAAAAUUAUUAUAUAAAAAUGUUGCUAUAUGGGGGAUACGAUCUUCCCAGCUCUGCAGAUUUUGCUGCGAAGAGACAUAAUCAUUAGAUCAUUUGUUUUGGUUCUGUCCAUUUGUAGCUUGUUUUUGGUCCAGGAAUGGCUAAAGGAUUGCAAUAUUUAUCUGGAGCUAACCCUGCAGAUAGCACUACUGGGUGAUCUGAAAAGUCAUAGUCAAUCGAUCAAUAAUAUAAUAAUACUUUUAGCAAAAAUGUUUACUUUCAAUUUACAAUCUGUAGAAACAAUGAGAAUAGAAGGGUUCAGAACUUUUGUAAAACAUCACAGUACAGUUGAAAAAUAUAUGGCAAAUAGAAAUCCAAUAUGGAUGGUGUUAAGCGGUAGAUGGGUGGUGUUGAAUGGAGUUGAAGGAUGGGACUAAUAACAACAACUAAUAACAACAAGAUAACUAAUGUAAAGCAUACUGUGUCCAUAAUAAGUAUAUAGGUUGAGAGCUUUUGUGAAAGAGCACAGUUAGAAAGAUAUACAGUGGGGAAAAAAAGUAUUUAGUCAGCCACCAAUUGUGCAAGUUCUCCCACUUAAAAAGAUGAGAGAGGCCUGUAAUUUUCAUCAUAGGUACACGUCAACUAUGACAGACAAAAUGAAAAUCCAGAAAAUCACAUUGUAGGAUUUUUAAUGAAUUUAUUUGCAAAUUAUGGUGGAAAAUAAGUAUUUGGUCAAUAACAAAAGUUUCUCAAUACUUUGUUAUAUACCCUUUGUUGGCAAUGACACAGGUCAAACGUUUUCUGUAAGUCUUCACAAGGUUUUCACACACUGUUGCUGGUAUUUUGGCCCAUUCCUCCAUGCAGAUCUCCUCUAGAGCAGUGAUGUUUUGGGGCUGUCGCUGGGCAACACGGACUUUCAACUCCCUCCAAAGAUUUUCUAUGGGGUUGAGAUCUGGAGACUGGCUAGGCCACUCCAGGACCUUGAAAUGCUUCUUACGAAGCCACUCCUUCGUUGCCCGGGCGGUGUGUUUGGGAUCAUUGUCAUGUUGAAAGACCCAGCCACGUUUCAUCUUCAAUGCCCUUGCUGAUGGAAGGAGGUUUUCACUCAAAAUCUCACGAUACAUGGCCCCAUUCAUUCUUUCCUUUACACGGAUCAGUCGUCCUGGUGCCUUUGCAGAAAAACAGCCCCAAAGCAUGAUUUUUCCACCCCCAUGCUUCACAGUAGGUAUGGUGUUCUUUGGAUGCAACUCAGCAUUCUUUGAGUUUUUACCAAAAAGUUAUAUUUUGGUUUCAUCUGACCAUAUGACAUUCUCCCAAUCCUCUUCUGGAUCAUCCAAAUGCACUCUAGCAAACUUCAGACGGGCUUGGACAUGUACUGGCUUAAGCAGGGGGACACGUCUGGCACUGCAGGAUUUGAGUGCCUGGCGGCGUAGUGUGUUACUGAUGGUAGGCAUUGUUACUUUGGUCCCAGCUCUCUGCAGGUCAUUCACGAGGUCCCCCCGUGUGGUUCUGGGAUUUUUGCUCACCGUUCUUGUGAUCAUUUUGACCCCAUGGGGUAAGAUCUUGCGUGGAGCCCCAGAUCGACGGAGAUUAUCAGUGGUCUUGUAUGUCUUCCAUUUCCUAAUAAUUGCUCCCACAGUUGAUUUCUUCAAACCAAGCUGCUUACCUAUUGCAGAUUCAGUCUUCCCAGCCUGGUGCAGGUCUACAAUUUUGUUUCUGGUGUCCUUUGACAGCUCUUUGGUCUUGGCCAUAGUGGAGUUUGGAGUGUGACUGUUUGAGGUUGUGGACAGGUGUCUUUUAUACUGAUAACAAGUUCAAACAGGUGCCAUUAAUACAGGUAACGAGUGGAGGACAGAGGAGCCUCUUAAAGAAGAAGUUACAGGCCUCUCUCAUCUUUUUAAGUGGGAGAACUUGCACAAUUGGUGGCUGACUAAAUACUUUUCUUCCCCAUUGUAUGUAUAUAUAUACAGUGGGGAGAACAAGUAUUUGAUACACUGCCGAUUUUGCAGGUUUUCCUACUUACAAAGCAUGUAGAGGUCUGUAAUUUUUAUCAUAGGUACACUUCAGCUGUGAGAGACCAGAAAAUCACAUUGUAUGAUUUUUAAGUAAUUAAUUUGCAUUUUAUUGCAUGACAUAAGUAUUUGAUCACCUACCAACCAGUAAGAAUUCCGGCUCUCACAGACCUGUUAGUUUUUCUUUAAGAAGCCCUCCUGUUCUCCACUCAUUACCUGUAUUAACUGCACCUGUUUGAACUCGUUACCUGUAUAAAAGACACCUGUCCACACACUCAAUCAAACAGACUCCAACCUCUCCACAAUGGCCAAGACCAGAGAGCUGUGUAAGGACAUCAGGGAUAAAAUUGUAGACCUGCACAAGGCUGGGAUGGGCUACAGGACAAUAGGCAAGCAGCUUGGUGAGAAGGCAACAACUGUUGGCGCAAUUAUUAGAAAAUGGAAGAAGUUCAAGAUGACGGUCAAUCACCCUCGGUCUGGGGCUCCAUGCAAGAUCUCACCUCGUGGGGCAUCAAUGAUCAUGAGGAAGGUGAGGGAUCAGCCUAGAACUACACGGCAGGACCUGGUCAAUGACCUGAAGAGAGCUGGGACCACAGUCUCAAAGAAAACCAUUAGUAACACACUACGCCUUCAUGGAUUAAAAUCCUGCAGCGCACGCAAGGUCCCCCUGCUCAAGCCAGCGCAUGUCCAGGCCCAUCUGAAGUUUGCCAAUGACCAUCUGGAUGAUCCAGAGGAGGAAUGGGAGAAGGUCAUGUGGUCUGAUGAGACAAAAAUAGAGCUUUUUGGUCUAAACUCCACUCGCCGUGUUUGGAGGAAGAAGAAAGAUGAGUACAACCCCAAGAACACCAUCCCAACCGUGAAGCAUGGAGGUGGAAACAUCAUUCUUUGGGGAUGCUUUUCUGCAAAGGGGACAGGACGACUGCACCGUACUGAGGGGAGGAUGGAUGGGGCCAUGUAUCGCGAGAUCUUGGCCAACAACCUCCUUCCCUCAGUAAGAGCAUUGAAGAUGGGUCGUGGCUGGGUCUUCCAGCAUGACAACGACCCGAAACACACAGCCAGGGCAACUAAGGAGUGGCUCCGUAAGAAGCAUCUCAAGGUCCUGGAGUGGCCUAGCCAGUCUCCAGACCUGAAUCCAAUAGAACAUCUUUGGAGGGAGCUGAAAGUCCGUAUUGCCCAGCGACAGCCCUAAACCUGAAGGAUCUGGAGAAGGUCUGUAUGGAGGAGUGGGCCAAAAUCCCUGCUGCAGUGUGUGCAAACCUGGUCAAGACCUACAGGAAACGUAUGAUCUCUGUAAUUGCAAACAAAGGUUUCUGUACCAAAUAUUAAGUUCUGCUUUUCUGAUGUAUCAAAUACUUAUGUCAUGCAAUAAAAUGCAAAUUAAUUACUUAAAAAUCAUACAAUGUGAUUUUCUGGAUUUUUGUUUUAGAUUCCGUCUCUCACAGUUGAAGUGUACCUAUGAUAAAUAUUACAGACCUCUACAUGCUUUGUAAGUAGGAAAACCUGCAAAAUCGGCAGUGCAUCAAAUACUUGUUGUGGGGAGAACAAUAUAUGGGGGAUUGGAAAUGAUGCAGACAAUUACAUUGAUGGAAGCUGCAAUAUUAAAGCUGAUCCCUAAAUUUUUUUAUAAAUAAUAAAAAUGAUUUAGAAGAGAACAGACAACAUGUUUUAAAGACUUAUUAUGUUCUUUGUGUGUGUUUCUGUGUCUUUUUCUGUCUAGGAGGGCAGUGGUGACGAAAAGGACGAACAGGCCCUGGAGAACGAGCUCUUUCUGAUGGUCACCCAGCUUCAGUGGGAGGACGACAUCAUCUGGAAUGGAGAGGAUGUGAAACACAAGGGCACUAAGACCCAGCGGGCCAGUCUGGCAGGGUGGCUGCCUUCCAGCAUGACCCGUAACGCCAAUGCCUACAACGCACAGCAGGGUAAGAGACCCACCUGCUCCAGUAACAAUUAACACAGACUGACCUGCAUAAUGGCGAUUCCUACCUCAUUGAAAUCCUAUCACCAAAGCAUAAACCCCAAAUGUCCAGGGGAUUUAGGACAAAAGUGGCAAAUAUAAACUGUUAUAAUUGUUGUGUAUUUGUCUGCUUUGGGUUACCUAGGUAUUCAUGAUGUCUAUCUACACUCUACAGGUCUGAGUAGGAGUAACUCUCAGCUGGUGCCCCCCACUCCUCCACCCAUGCCCAAAGCCCCCUCCAUCGGCUCUGGCUCCAAGAGGGACAAACACCACCACGACCAUCAUGGUACUAUGAGGCUAUUUUACCUGGCAUCUGUUGUAGAGUGUAAUUGACUUUUAGAAUGAUGAAUAAUGUGAUAUUACAACAUAUUCCUACUUAUCUCCGUUAAUUGACAUUUUAAAAGUACCACUAAAGCAGGGUUCUCCAACAGGUCGAUCUCGAGCUACCAGUAGCUCGCAGCCCACCUAUGAGUAGCUCGCCAAACAAUUCUGAUAGUACAUGCAAUUUUCACGUGUUCCACCGCAAACUGUCAUAAACAAAUCUCACAAAGUAUCAGACACCGCAAGCUCCCAGCAACUAUCUAAUCAACGUGACAUUGAUAUUAUCCCAAGGCCUGAACUCGUGGUUAGCCUUUAUUGGCUUAAAAAGACAAACCUAACACAAUAUCUGCUAAUUAAUUUCCAGCAAUAUUGUCCCUGUCUGUGUGUGUGGUACGCACGUUUGUCUAUCACUCCGUGUGUAGCCAGUUGAUGUGUUAACCGUCUUAUGGGUUGACAGAAAUACUUUCCCCAAAACCUUCUCAAUUAAAUGUUAACUGCAAAGUAGGCUUACCUGGAAGAAGUAUAUUAUCAUGAGUAAGUAUAUACAGUGCAUUCAGAUCCCUUGACUUUUUCCACAUUUUGUCACGUUACAGCCUUAUUCUAAAAUUGAUUAAAUUCAUUUUUUCCCUCAUCAAUCUACACAGAAUAUCCCAUAAUGACAAAGCGAAAACAGAUUUUUAGAAAUGUAUGCAAAUGUAUUAAAAAUAAAAAACUGAAAUACCUUAUUUACAUAAGUAUUCAGACCCUUUGCUAUGAGACUCGAAAUUGAGCUCAGAUGCAUCCUGUUUUCAUUGAUCAUCCUUAAGAUGUUUCUACAACUUGAUUGGAGUCACCUGUGGUAAAUUCAAUUGAUUGGACAUGAUUUGGAAAGGCACACACCUGUUUAAAUAAGGUCCCACAUUUGACAGUGCAUGUCAGAGCAAAAACUAAGCCAUGAGGUCGAAGGAAUUGUCCGUAGAGCUCCGAGACAGGAUUGUGUCGAGGGAAGGUUUCUGGGAAAGGGUUCCAAAAUUAUUCUGCAGCAUUGAAGGUCUCCAAGAACAGUGGCCUCCAUCAUUCUUAAAUGGAAGAAGUUUGAGUGGCCAGAGGGAAGCCACUCCUCAGUAAAAGGCACAUGACAGCCCGCUUUGAGUUUGCCAAAAGGCACUUAAAGGACUCUCAGACCAUGAGAAACAAGAUUCUCUGGUCUGAUGAAACCAAGACUGAACUCUUUGGCCUGAAUGCCAAGCGUCACGUCUGGAGGAAACCUGGCACCAUCCCUACGGUGAAGCAUGGUGGUGGCAGUAUCAUGCUGUGGGGAUGUUUUUCUGCGGCAGGGACUGGGAGACUAGUCAGGGUUGAGGGAAAGAUGAACGGAGCAAAGUAUAGAGCGAUCCUUGAUGAAAACCUGAUCCAGGGCGCUCAGGACCUCAGACUGGGGCGAAGGUUUACCUUCCAUCAGGACAACGACCCUUAGCACAUAGCCAAGACAACGCAAGAGUGGCUUCAGGACAAGCCUCUGAAUGUCCUUGAGUGGCCCAGCCAGAGCCCGGACUUGAACCCGAUCUAACAUCUCUGUAGAGACCUAAAAAUAGCUGUGCAGCGACGCUCCCCAUCCAACCUGACAGAGCUUGAGAGGAUCUGCCGAGAAGAAUGGGAGAAGCCCCCCAAAUACAAGCGUGCCAAGCUUGUAGCGUCAUACCCAAGAAGACUCAAUGCUGUAAUCGCUGCCAAAGGUGCAUCAACAAAGUACUGAGUAAAGGGUCUGAAAACUUAUGUAAAUGUGAUAUUUCAGUUUUUAUUUUAUUUUAGAAAUGUGCAUACAUUUCUGAAAACCUCUUCUUGCUUUGUCAUUAUGGGGUAUUAUGUGUAGAUUGAUGAGGGGGGAAAAAACAAUUUAAUCCAUUUUAGAAUAAGGCUGUAACAUAACAAAAUGUGGAAAAAGUAAAGGGGUUUGAAUACUUUCCGAAUGCACUGUAAUUUGUAUAUAUACUGAAAAAAUAUAUAAACGCAACAUGUAAAGUGUUGGACCCAUGAGCUGAAAUAAAAGAUCCCAGAAAUGUUCCAUUCGCACAAAAAGCUUAUUUCUCUAAAAUGUUGUGCACAAAUUUGUUUACAUCCCUGUGAGUGAUACUUUAUUAUUUGCCAAGAUAAUCUAUCCACCUGACAGGUGUUGCAUUUCAAGAAGCGGAUUAAACAGCAUGAUCAUUAAUUACACAGAUGCACCUUGUGCUGGGGACAAUAAAAGGCCACUAAGAUGUGCAGUUGUGUCACACAACACAAUGCCACAGAUGUCUGAAGUUUUGAGGGAGAGUGCAAUUGGCAUACUGACUGCAGGAAUGUCCACCAGAUCUGUUGCCAGAGAAUGUAAUGUUAAUUUCUCUACCAUAAGCCGCCUCCAACGUCGUUUUAGAGAAUUUGGCAGUACGUCCAACCGGCCUCACAACCGCAGACCACGUGUAUGGCAUUAUUUGGGCGAGCAGUUUGCUGAUGUCAACAUUGUGAACAGAGUGCCCCAUGGUGCCGGUGGGGUUAUGGUAUGGGCAGGCAUAAGCUAUGGACAACGAACACAAUUGCAUUUUAUCGAUUGCAAUUUGAACGCACAGAGAUACCGUCAUGCGAUCCUGAGGCCUAUUGUCAUGCCAUUCAUCCUCCACCAUCACCUCAUGUUUCAGCAUGAUAAUGCAUGGCUCCAUGUCGCAAGGAUCUGUACACAAUUCCUGGAAGCUGAAAAUGUCCCUGUUCUUCCAUGGCCUGCAUACUCACCAGACAUGUCACCCAUUGAGCAUGUUUGGGAUGCUCUGGACCGACAUGUACGACAGCGUGUUCCAGUUCCCGCCAAUAUCCAGCAUCUUCGCACAGCCAUUUGAAGAGGAGUGAGACAACAAAAUCUUUGAAAUUGUUGCAUGUUGCGUUUUAUAUUUUCGUUCAGUAUAUUAUUUCUUAGUUGCAAACUUUGCCAUAAAAUGAGCAGCAGCAAUAGGCUACAGAACCAUCGCUAGACUGGCACAUUACAUGGCACAUUCCUCACUCGCUAGAUGUGGAAUUAAAGGGCCAGAUGUACAAUUAAAGGGGAAUUACACACCAAAAACAAUAAUUCUUCAAGACCUAAAGAAAAAGGUAUUUUGAUGUGAUUUAAACAUUGAUAUGGACUCAGAACAUUCAAUUCAAUUGUUUCUCUUUUAACAAUUGUAAUUUUGAGAGUGAAAAACAAAACGAUUCUAAAACCAGGAGCAAUCUAACUGAGAACAUCAUUUGGGAAAAUAUAAAACACAUUUUGUAGGGGCCCCUUUAGUUUUUUAUGAACCAUUAUUUAACCAGGGGAAGAGUUGCAGGGGAGAGGAGAAGAUAAUAAUGUGCCUAUUUGAAAGCUAGAAAACAAUGAGUAGCUUGUGACAAGUAGCUCUCAUGCUAGAAAAGGUUGGAGACCACUGCACUAAAGAGAGAGUAAAUCUAUCACUGCUGUUUUCCUAUUGCUUUCCACAGCCUCUCAUGAAGACGAUGCCCCCUGGUUCUCCAUCUUCCCCAUUGACAAUGAGGAACUGGUGUAUGGGCGCUGGGAGGACAACAUCAUCUGGGAUGACCAGGCCAUGGAUCGGAUGCUCUCACCCCCUGUCCUCACCCUAGACCCCAACGAUGAGAACAUAAUUUUAGGUACUGCCCCUUUCUUAGUGAACUGUGUGUACACUGUUUUUCAGUCAGUUUCAACAAGUUAUGAAAUAUCUUGAUGGUCUCUGUAACCUAUUGAAUGCUUUGAUCUAUCCACUAAUCUCUAAACUUGGCCUCUUGCAGAAAUCCCAGAUGAGAAGGAGUCUGAGCAUAUGUCCCACUCCCCGUCUAAGGAGAACAAGAAGGAGUCAGCACUGAAGAAGAGUCGCAUCCUGUUGGGGAAGACUGGGGUCAUAAAGGAUGAGCCACAACAGGUACUACAGGACUGGACCAGGGAACAUAACAUAGAUCUGCCAUUCAACAGGGACUGCAGUCCCUGAACUAACCUGUUGUAACUCCAUCUCGGUUUUGUCUGCUGCCUACAGAACAUGUCCCAGCCUGAGGUGAAGGACCCAUGGAACCUGUCCAAUGAUGAGUUCUAUUACCCUAAGCAGCAAGGCCUGAGGGGCACCUUCGGUGGCAACAUCAUUCAGGUGGGCACUAGAUUCUCUCCUGUGAGCUCUGUUCCUAUACAGGUUGAUUAGCAGUUAAAGAGGAUAAUGUUAAAGAUGCACUAUGCAGACAUUGCUCUGCCAUUUCCUUGUUGCUAAAAUUCUAAUAGUUUGUGACAAAACAAGCAGUCAAUGUGUAGAGAAUCAUUGUACCAUCUAAACCGCUGUGAAAUAUAUUUUCCAUAACCAAAAAUUCUGUUUGAAGCUGGUGUACAAAACCGAAAGUAAAAGACGCAAAAACUAAACUUAGGAACGGGAAGCAUAGAAAUAUCCCACAUAGAACAGAUCUACCGCUUUUACAUUUACAUUUACAUUUUAGUCAUUUAGCAGACGCUCUUAUCCAGAGCGACUUACAUCAGCAAUUAGGGUUAAGUGCCUUGCUUAAGGGCACAUCGACAGAUUUUUCACCUAGUCGGCUCGGGGAUUAGAACCAGCGACCUUUCGGUUACUGGCACAACGCUCUUACCCACUAAGCUACCUGCCGCCCUAGCUUUAAAUGAGAAUGAGAAAUCUAUAACUCACAUUUCUAUGUGAAUUUGGUCGAGUCGCCCAAAAAGGUACAUAUUGUAGCUUUAACCCCCUAAGGUUGAUGUCCACGCCCCUGCGGAAAUCUAAUUAGCAUAAUAAUAAAAAUAUUUGCAUUGGAUGCGUCUCAAUCCUAUUGCGCUUAUGUCGCACUUCCGCAUCUGCGGUGAAAGGUAACAGCGCUAGAGCGGUGUUUAUCAGACCAUGAGACGUCACAAACGGUUUGGCCUACACAAGACUCAUCUGAAGGUCCCCCAGUACCAGUUGAAAAAAUGUAUGGAAGUAUAUAUGGAGACUGUUUAGUGCCAAAACUAAGGGGUUAAGUACAUGUACAAAAGAGAGAGAUAUACAGUAUCUCUCAGAUAUAGAACAGACACUUCAGAACAAACUUUUUAGAUGUUGUUCCAUUUUAGUGUUGUUCCAUGUAGUGAAUCUGUUAUUCUGUGCGGUUGUAUGGGCUAAUAGCAGUAAGGCCGAAUAAUUUGUUCUAUUUUUUUAAUAUACUUCAAGGGGUGUUACAUUUCAAAAUCAAAUAGCAAAAUGAUCCUUGGUAUGACCUUCUUAAAAUAAGUACAUAUAGCUUAAAUUAUAGACUGAUCAUGUCUUUGUCAGUGGGCAAACGUACAAAAUCAGCAGGGGAUCAAAUACUUUUUUCCCUCACUGUAUCUGUUGUUGCAUGUAGUGAAUCUGUUAUUCAAUGUGUUUGAAUGGGCUAAUAGCAGUAAGGCCCCAACAUUUUUUUAUACUUCCAUACAAAUUUCCACUGGUCUAAUGUCCAAUGCUCGUGUUUCUUGGCCCAAGCAGGUGUCUUCUUCUUAUUGGUGUCCUUUAAUAGUGGUUUCUUUGCAGCAAUUCGACCAUGAAGGCCUGAUUCACACAGUCCCCUCUGAACAGUUGAUGUUGAGAUGUGUCUGUGACUUGAACUCAGUGAAGCAUUUAUUUGGUCUGCAAUUUCUGAGGCUGGUAACUCUAAUGAACUUAUCCUCUGCAGCAGAGGUAACUCUGGGUCUUCCAUUCCUGUGGCGGUCCUCAUGAGAGCCAGUUUCAUCAUAGUGCUUGAUGGUUUUUGCAACUGCACUUGAAGAAACUUUCAAAGUUCUUGAAAUGUUCCGAAUUGACUGACCUUCAUGUCUUAAAGUAAUGAUGGACUGUCGUUUCUCUUUGCUUAUUUGAGCUGUUCUUGCCAUAAUAUGGACUUGGUCUUUUACCAAAUAAAGCUAUCUUCUGUAUCCCCCCCCUACCUUGUCACAACACAACUGAUUGGCUCAAACGCAUUAAGAAGGAAAGAAAUUCCACAAAUUAACUUUUAAGAAGGCACACCUGUUAAUUGAAAUGCAUUCCAGGUGACUACCUAAGGAAGCUGUUUGAGAGAAUGCCAAGAGUGUACAAAGCUGUCAUCAAGGCAAAGGGUGGCUAUUUAAACUAUUAAAUAUAUUUUGAUUUGAUUAACACUUUUUUGGUUACUACAUGAUUCCAUAUGUGUUAUUUCAUAGUUUUGAUAUCUUCACUAAAUUCUACAAAGUAAAAAAUAGUACUAAUAAAGAAAAACCCUUGAAUGAGUGUCCAAACUUUUGACUGGUAGUGUAUGUAACAUUUCCUUGUCUAUCCUUCUCUCCAGCACUCCAUCCCUGCAGUGGAGCUGAGGCAGCCGUUCUUCCCUACUCACAUGGGACCCAUGAAGCUGCGUGGGUUCCACCGGCCCUCUCUGAAGAAGUACUCAUUCGGGACAUUGUCCCAGCCAGGACCCCAUGCAGCACAGCCCCUACUCAAACAGAUCAAGAAGAAGGCCAAGGUGAGACCGCAGCACUCACCUCAUUCACCUCCAUCUUUCUCUCCGUCUUGACACAGGUCGUCAAGAAUGCGUCUGUCUUUCUGUCUGUGUUGAUAACCUUGUUUGUGUGAUUUGUGUUAAAUAUCCCUUUCUGUGCCCGUAGAUGCGAGAGCAGGAGCGCCAGGCUUCCGGUGGAGGUGACAUGUUCUUCAUGCGGACAGCUCAGGAUCUGACGGGGAAAGACGGAGACCUGAUUCUGGCAGAGUACAGCGAGGAAUACCCUCCGCUCAUCAUGCAAGUCGGCAUGGCAACCAAGAUCAAGAACUACUACAAGAGAGUGAGUUACUGCAGUAUUCUUUCAAUGACCAGUUCCCUUGUAUCAACUUUGUUUAGCAUUUACUAAAAGCUGAACAAUCUCAGUGGUUCUUUUCCUUCCUCUAUUGAUAUGAGUUGUGUUUUGUGAACAUGCAUUUUUAAAUCUAAUAAACUUGAAACAUGGCUGUUUUCCCUCAGAAACCAGGGAAGGACCCUGGAGCUCCAGACUGUAAGUACGGAGAGACGGUGUACUGCCACACCUCACCUUUCCUGGGCUCCCUGCACCCCGGACAGCUGCUGCCGGUCAGUACCACAGUCAUUACAGUCAGUCGCAUGACAAUUCAUUGAGGUUUGAAAAAUAAUUUACUGUGAAUGUGAAUAGCCUGAUGCAUAGAAAGAGAACAUUUAGAGACCUAAUUGCAAAUCUGUGUCUGUCUUUCUUUUAGGCUUUUGAGAACAACCUUUUCCGUGCCCCCAUCUACCUCCACAAGAUGCCAGAGACAGAUUUCCUGGUGCUGCGUACACGGCAGGGCUACUUCAUUAGAGAGCUGGUGGACAUCUUUGUGGUCGGCCAGCAGUGUCCCCUCUAUGAGGUCCCUGGACCCAACUCCAAACGAGCCAACACCCAUAUCAGAGACUUCCUGCAGGUAUACCUUACGAUACACACACACACGCAUUAUGACAUCUGCAAGUCCACACACACAUUGUCAAAUGAGUUGUUCCACAAAAUAAGUCCCUUUAGGUAAACAAACAAACAAUAGGUUUAUUUUACCAAAUGUUAACAUUAUGUCAUGACGAGCACAUGUUCAACUUAAUAAAAAACAUGUUUUCCCAUCUCAAGAGGUUAAAUAAAAACAAUACUAUAGUAAGUGCCUAUUAAGUGCCAAAUAAAGUAACGGGGUUGACCGUAACAGGGUUGACGAUUUCAUCUUAAAUCAGCCAUAAAUGUUGUGACAGGGGGAAUGGAAUCUUGUUGUUUGCAACAGGGAGGGACAAAAUAAUGCAACAUUUCUAUCUAAUGGUAACAGGGUUGACGUGUUAUGCUCGACCCACUCAGUUUUCUACCACAAAACACCAGAAAAUGGAGUAGAAACAGCUUACCUGCUUUAAACUAUGAUUUGACUAUUAAAUGUUCAAUGUUUAUUUUGAACAAAAUAUUUAAAAAUGAAUAGUUUCACCAUAUUAAAUUAGAGUUCAGUUCACAUAACAGUGUUGACCUGAAAAUGAGGGCCAGAUUUUCUUUUAACCUUAAAAUGUAUCGCUAAUAACAUUAAAUAAAUAAUAAUCUGAAAUGACUUUGUGAAAGCAAAAACAUAACUAGGACUUUACAAUGAUGGUGAAAUGUUGGGGUUAAGUGGGUUAAAAUGUUCCUAGUCACAGAGGGUGCUCAGAGGGACGUCAAAAAGCUGAAUUUUGGCACUUUAGCACAGAGGGUGCACAGAGGGACUUCAAAAUGCUGAAUUUUGGAUUUUCCAUGCUGUAUUUUGAAUUUUCCAUGCUGUUUAUAUUAAAGGGCACUUCAUUUAAUAUAACAGGCUUUUAAAAUCCAAUAUUGGUGCACAAUUUCAACUUCAAAUAUCAAAGGGACGCAAAAGGAACUCAUUUCAUGGAACGUCCCACAUACUAGAGAAACCACACUUACAGAAUGCAUGCUUGCCUACACUCAUGUCUCCUCCGCUCUUCUGUGCAGGUGUUUAUCUAUCGGUUGUUCUGGAAGAGUAAAGAUCGUCCUAGGAGAAUCCGCAUGGAGGACAUAAAGAAAGCUUUCCCCUCACAUUCAGAAAGCAGCAUCCGCAAACGCCUCAAACUCUGUGCUGACUUUAAGCGUACAGGUAGAAACAGCAAACCCUGCCAUGAGCCAAUACAACCGUAUAGCCUCAUGUUUGUCAAUAGUACAGAAUGACACACUGUCCUUCAUUGUUUGCCCUCACAAAGAUGAAUAAGUAAUGCAGAAAUGUCAAUAUGCCUCGUGAACGUUGUUACUCACAACUGUCCAUCAAUCCUGAUUUCAUGUUAACGUUUCUACUCCCGUGUGAUCUCAGGGAAGUGUUGAGGUGUAAGAGAGAGUGUUUAGCUGUGUGAGCUCAGAGAUGGUGUGCCUUACUUUGACAGACAGGCGCCAGGAAAGAGAGAGGUCAGCAUAUUAUGGCUAUGGAGUUUACUGUGGAGGUAAGGUGUGGUCUGAGGAAAGCAUCAAUAAGGACCCAUAGGUUUGCAGGGUCCUUUGCUAAUAUCUGCUGUUCUGCUCCUGCAACACCUCCGCUUUUAAGCCUAAAAGAUGCUUCAGUUGAAUGAAAUGACGGUACAUUUGAUGCAGCAGGGAAGCUUUCUAGUCAAAAGUAUCCAAAGGUUAUAAGGUCUUUGGAGAGGGGGAAUUGGCCAUGCAAAAUGCAUCCAUGAAUUUUACAAAGCUGUAAGUUGGGCAGUAAAGGUGGACUAAAGAGAACGUGGGUAAUACUUGUAAUAUGAUUGAAGCUCAUUUGCCCUGUCCCUGUCCCCAGGGAUGGACUCUAACUGGUGGGUGCUGAAGCCUGACUUCAGGCUGCCUACUGAGGAGGAGAUCAGGGCCAUGGUGUCUCCAGAGCAGUGCUGUGCCUACUACAGCAUGCUGGUGGCAGAGCAGAGACUGAAGGUAAGACUGACAGGCUCUUUGUAUAGGUACCAGCUGUGAUACCAAUUCUCUUUACGGCGCUGUGUGAACUAUACCAUAACUUCUCUCUCUCCUCCAGGAUGCUGGAUAUGGUGAAAAGUCCUUCUUCGCCCCAGAGGAAGAAAAUGAGGAAGACUUCCAGAUGAAGAUUGAUGAUGAGGUUCAGCUCUACUGCUUCCUUUUCAUGAAACAUGGAUUUUGAUGCUCCAUUGAUGUUGGAAAAAAUGAUGAUCCAUGAUUUCACCAGUAUUCUUUGUGGUCCACCUUAGGUCCGCACAGCCCCUUGGAACACGACGCGAGCCUUCAUCGCUGCCAUGAAGGGGAAGUGUCUGCUGGAGGUCAUGGGGGUGGCCGACCCCACAGGCUGUGGUGAGGGAUUCUCUUACGUCAAAGUGCCCAACAAGCCCACUCAACAAAAGGUACUUCCCCUCGCUCUUACUCCCAUUGCUCUGAAACACUUCUGCCAGAUCAGGGGCCCCUAAUUCCAUUAAUGCGUUCACAGCCUUUCUGACAAAAAUAUUUUCUGUUCUAACCAUUCAACGAACCAUUCAACGGUUGUUUGGUGAUUAUUACUAAAGCUAAAGGUUAUUUUGUUAUUUGUCAUGUUUAGGCCCAGGACGACCGGGAGCCACAACCCGCUAAGAAGACUGUGACAGGGACAGACGCUGAUCUGAGAAGACUAUCACUAAAAAACGCCAAGCAGCUGCUGCGCAAGUUUGGUGUUCCAGAGGAAGAGGUAAUCAUGUAGUAAUAACACAGUAAUAACAUAAUAAUAAUAAUAAUUUGGGAGUUGCUCAUAUUUUGUUGGUUAAGGGCUUGUAAGUAAGCAUUUCACGGUAAGGUCUACACCUGUUGUAUUCGGUGCAUGUGACAAAUAAGAUUUGAUAUGAUAUUUGUCCUGUUACACACAAGUGUGUAAUGGAAAUCCGUUUUUUUGCAUAUCCCAACUCCCCCUGAGACACUCGCAGGGGUUGUGGUCACGGCCAGGGUCACCAUUGUACAGUGCCCCUGGAGCAAUUAGUUAAGUGCCUUGCUCAAGGGCACAGCAACAGAUUUCAAACCAGCAACCUAACUUCGAGGCUACCUGCCGCCAUAUUAUAUGAAUGUAUUAAUUCCCUAAUUUCAUCCACCAACCUAAGUAUGAAGGCUAGAUCAAUCUCUUAAACCUGUGUUUCUGUGUGUGUUUCAGAUAAAGAAGCUGUCUCGUUGGGAGGUGAUUGAUGUGGUGAGGACCAUGUCCACAGAGCAGGCGCGCUCUGGCGAGGGGCCCAUGAGCAAGUUUGCCCGCGGGUCCCGCUUCUCUGUAGCCGAACACCAGGAACGCUACAAGGAGGAGUGCCAGAGGAUAUUUGACCUGCAGAACAAGUGAGGCCCUCCCCUUUUCCAAAUAACCAUAAUUCACCACCCAUGUCCUAUAGGGAUGCUGUAGUUGUACAGUAUCUGAUGUUCUACCUUCUCGGCCUCCCCCCCCCCCCCCCCAGAGUAUUGGAUUCUACCGAGGUCCUGUCCACAGAUACAGACAGCAGCUCAGCAGAAGACAGUGACUUUGAGGAGAUGGGGAAGAACAUUGAAAACAUGCUGCAGAACAAGAAAACCAGCUCCCAGCUGUCCAGAGAGAGGGAGGAGCAGGAGAGGAAGGAGCUGCAGAGGAUGCUGAUGGGAGAGGAGAGCGACCGCGACCACAAGGGACGCAAAGCACGCAAGGGCUUCUGUAAGUGGUGUGUUUGUGCAUAUGUGUUUCAGGAGUGUGUAUGUCAGGGUUUAUGCUAGGAAAAUGUGGCGCCGGACAAUGUGACCAGGAAGAUUUAAAUUUACCGGCAAUUUGAGAAUUUUACUGGACCCAUAUGCAAUGGGUGCAUAACUCAUUAGGGCGUCCACCCACAGUGCUCAGAGUGACUGAAAUCACAUUUAGAUUAUGGUAAUGAAUCUUAACAGAACAUUGCAACUCAUGUAAUGAAGCAGCCAAUAAACCGUCAUUUUCAGACAUUCGCGGGAAAACACUAUUCUAAACAGCGCACCUGGGAAAACACCAUUCUUAACAGCGCACCUGGGAAAACACCAUUCUUAACAGCGCACCUGGGAAAACACCAUUCUUCACAGCGCACCUGAUAGCGGUUCCAUAUGUGACAGAGAUGAAAAUCUCUGUUAGAAACUUAAAAAGAGGGGUUGCUAAUAUGACUAGGAUUGUGCCUUUGGCUUCUGGACAAUGAAAGAAAGUUGAUAUGAAAACCAAUAGAACAGGAGAGAAAUGACAUAGAGGUGGGUCCAAUAGGGAAGUAAAUGGAAAUACAUUUCCCAAAAUUAUAUAGUUACUCCUGUCUAUACGGAAAUAAAUAAAAUACUUCAAAAUACUUCACAAGAAAGCAUGACUUAGCCACAGAGGAAUCGACGAUCAUUAGCUUCUUAAGUUUUUUUUGCUGUGGAUUGUUUCAAAUCACAAGCUUGUAGGCCUGUGCCUAUUUGGGCAGCGCCGGUGGCAAUAGGCCUAACUGAUUAUUGAGUUGCGGCUGUCAGUUUAAAACAUCUAAAAUAUGUGUGAAGAUAAUGUGUUUUGAGUAUAAUUUCAAAUGUUUAGACAAGAAGAAGGGAGGGGUGUGUGAGGCGAAGGUAGAGGCGAGUCUCUCCAGAAUGGCUCAGCUGUCUCCUGCCAAUUCUUCCGCAUUCAUUGUUUCAUUGUGUGAAUUGUUUGCCCUUUGAUUAUUUUAUUUUUUUAAUCAAUUCCCCAUUACAUAUGUCACCAGCAGUAAAAUUACCAAUAAUCCCCAUCAUUUGGUUACAUACAUUUCUCUUAAUGCAUGUAUUAAUUACAGCCAUUUACCGUUUUCAUUCUUGGAGUGGACAUGUUGUUUGCAGAGUUCACACCUGCUACACGUGAGUAACAAGUUUUGGUUAAUUUCAUGGAGUCCUCCAUGUGAGCAAUGAACAUGUGUCAGGUUUCUCUGUCCUGAUAAUGUUGAGGGAGAGCGCGCCUGAGCGCACACAGAAGUACCUGGCCUGCUGUGCAGAAAUGUAGGAAAGUGUUGUUGUUUUUUUUUACAUCCAUUGCAAAUGAUAAUACACAGAGUGUACAAAACAUUAAGAACACCUUCCUAAUAUUGAGUUGCACCCCUUUUUGCCCUCAGAACAGCCUCAAUUCGUCAGGGCAUGGACUCUACAAGGUGUCGAUAGCGUUCCACAUUGUUAUUGGCCCAUUUUGACGCCAAUGCUUCCCACGGUUGUCAAGUUGGCUGGAUGUCCUUUGGGGGGUGGACCAUUCUUGAUACACACAAUUUGUUGAGCAUGAAAAACCCAGCAGCGUUGCAGUUCUUGACACACUCAAACCGGUGCGCCUGGCAUCUACUACCAUACCUGUGGAGGCUCCUCAGAGGAGGAAGGGGAAGAGUGAAUUUCAUAAAAAUAUCAUUUUUAGAUAAAACUAUAUUAAAUAUAUUCACGUCACCAAAUACAGUUGAAGUCGGAAGUUUACAUACACCUUAGCCAAAUACAUUUAAACUCAGUUUUUCACAAUUGCUGACAUUUAAUCCUAGUAAAAAUUCCCUGUCUUAGGUCAAUUAGGAUCAGCACUUUAUUUUAAGAAUGUGAAAUGUCAGAAUAAUAGUAGAGAGAAUGAUUUAUUUCAGCUUUUAUUUCUUUCAUCACAUUCCCAGUGGGUCAGAAGUUUACAUACACUCAAUUAGUAUUUGGUAGCAUUGCCUUUAAAUUGUUUAACUUGGGUCAAAUGUUUCGGGUAGCCUUCCACAAGCUUCCCACAAUAAGUUGGGUGAAUUUUGGUUCAUUCCUCCUGACAGAGCUGUCCAUUUGGAAGACCCAUUUGCGACCAAGCUUUAACUUCCUGACUGAUGUCUUGAGAUGUUGCUUCAAUAUAUCCACAUAAUUUUCCUUCCUCAUGAUACCAUCUAUUUUGUGAAGUGCACCAGUCCCAACUGCAGCAAAGCACCCCCACAGCAUGAUGCUGCCACCCCUAUGCUUCAUGGUUGCGAUGGUGUUCUUUGGCUUGCAAGACCCCCCUUUUUCCUCCAAACAUAACGAUGGUCAUUAUGGCCAAACAGUUAUAUUUUUGUUUCAUUAGACCAGAGGACAUUUCUCCAAAAAGUACGAUCUUUGUCCCCAUGUGCAGUUGCAAACCGUAGUCUGGCUUUUUUAUGGCGGUUUUGGAGCAGUGGCUUCUUCCUUGCUGAGCAGCCUUUCAGGUUAUACAGGUCGAUAUAGGACUCGUUUUACUGUGGAUAUAGAUACUUUUGUACCUGUUUCCUCCAGCAUCUUCACAAGGUCCUUUGCUGUUGUUCUGGGAUUUAUUUGCACUUUUCCCACCAAAGUAGGUUCAUCUCUAGGAGACAGAACGCGUCUCCUUCCUGAGCGGUAUGACGGCUGCUUGGUCCCAUGGUGUUUGUACUUGCGUACUAUUGUUUGUACAGAUGAACGUGGUACCUUCAGGCGUUUGGAAAUUGCUCCCAAGGAUGAACCAGACUUGUGGAGGUCUACAAUAUUUUUUCUGAGGUCUUGGCUGAUUUCUUUUGAUUCUCCCAUGAUGUCAAGCAAAGAGGUAUUGCGUUUGAAGGUAGGCCGUGAAAUACAUCCACAGGUACACCUCCAAUUGACUCAAAUUAUGUCAAUUAGCCUAUCAGAAGCUUCUACAGCCAUGACAUCAUUUUCUGGAAUUUUCCAAACUGUUUAAAGGCACAGUCAACUUAGUGUAUGUAAACUUCUGACCCACUGGAAUUGUGAUACAGUGAAUUAUAAGUGAAAUAAUCUGUCUGUAAACAAUUGUUGGAAAAAUUACUUGUGUCAUGCACAAAGUAGAUGUACUAACCGACUUGCCAAAACUAUAGUUUGUUAACAAGAAAUGUGUGGAGUGGUUGAAAAACAAGUUUUAAUGACUCCAACCUAAGUGUAUAUAAACUUCCGACUUCAACUGUAACUGAUUUAAAACACAUUGUUUUGCAUUGAAGGUCUACAGUAGCCUCAACAGAAGUCUGUAGGGUAGCACCAUGGUGUAGCCGGAGGACAGCUAGUUUCCGUCCUCUGGGCCCUCUCCUCUUCUCUCUAUACACCAAUUCACUCGGCUCCAUCAUAUCCUCACAUGGUCUCUCCUAUCAUUGCUAUGCAGAUGACACUCAACUACUUUUCUCCUUCCCCCCCUUCUGACACCCAGGUGGCGACACGCAUCUCUGCGUGCCUGGCAGAUAUCUCAACUUGGAUGUCUGCCCACCACCUCAAUCUCAACCUCGACAUGACGGAACUGCUCUUCUUCCCGGGGAAGGCCUGCCCGCUCAAAGACCUCUUCAUCACGGUUGACAGUGUCGCCCUCGAAGAGGGCAAAGAACCUUUGCGUGACCCUGGACAACUCCCUGUCGUUCUCUGCAAACAUCAAAGCAGUGACCAGCUCCUGCAGGUUCAUGCUCUACAACAUCUGUAGAGUACGACCCUACCGCACACAGGAAGCGCCGCAGGUCCUAAUCCAGGCACUUGUCCUCUCCCAUCUGGACUCAAGGUUUUCAACCUUUCCAAGUUCUAUGUCACCCCGCUCCUCCACACACUCCACUGGCUUCCAGUCGAAGCUCGCAUCCACUACAAGACCAUGGUGCUUACCUGUGGAACAGUAAGAGGAACUGCCCCUUCCUACAUUCAGGCGAUGCUCAAACCCAACACCCCAACCUAAGCGCUCCGUUCUGCCACCUCAGGUCUCUUGGCCCUCCCACCCCUACGGGAGGGCAGCUCCCGCUCAGCCCAGUCCAAGCUCUUCUCUGUCCUGGCACCCCAAUGGUGGAACCAGCUUCCCCCUGAAGCUAGAACAGCAGAGUCCCUGCCCAUCUUCCAAAAACAUCUGAAACCCUACCUUCAAACAGUAUCUUAAAUAAUCCUCCUCCUCACCUUUAAAUGUAAAUGUAAAUACAAAACCUAGGAGGCUCGUGGUUCUCACCCCCUUCCAUAGACUUACACAGUAAUUAUGACAGGUCGGAGGACGUCCUCCGGAAGUUAUCAGAGCUCUUGCAGCAUGAACUGACUUGUUGUCCAUCCAGUCAAAGGAUCAGAGAAUGGAUCUAGUACUGAAAGUAUAAGCUAUAGCUAGAUAGCACUGCAGUGCAUUACAUGUGGUGAGUAGUUGACUUAAAGAGAGAGAAAGACAAUAGUUGAACAGUUUUUAACAAAUUAAUUUAUUGAAAAAUGAAGGAGAAGCAAGAGAGAGGGAGAGCGAGAGCUAGCUAUAUUUCUAUUUUUUUCACUUAGCUAGCGAAUGCUGCUAAAUAGUUUAGCCUACUCAAACACCCGGCUCAAACAGAGAGGGAUGCUAUGUUAGCUAGCUGGCUAUGGCUAUCCAACACUGGAAGUCUUCCAAGUCAAGGUAAGCUUUUGGUUUUAUUAAUUUAUUCCCACCGGGGCCCGCUGGUAUAACUGCUAAACUGUUUGCUGACUUUACACUGUACUGCAUGAUUGUAGCGGGUUUACUAACGCGUUAGUCCUAAUAGCUAUGUUGACUUGACGUUAGCUAAUAUGGUGACAACGAUGUAGGCUGUGUGUAGCUGUGAGCGGUUAUGAUAUGAAGGUUUGGCCUGGAAAGGUUUUUUUGCCUGGUCACAGACAGCUGAUGUGUUGUUCGCUGGAGUCCACAAGCGAAGGGAAAAGGUGAGAGGAGGAGAGUGUGUAGAUGUGAGAAGGAAUUAUCCAAUGAUCAAAGGGAUCAUGCUGUUUGUAUGUGGCUGCUAAUAAAGUGAACUGCCGAUUCUGUUGAAAAACAUUUCUUAAGGAAGCAAACGAAACAAAACGGGGAUAAUCAUACCUGAAUUUGUCCAAUAGAAACUCUCCAAUACACUUUUGGUGUAAUGAUUACACCCUAGAUCAGCUAGAUGCAGGCAAGGUUGUGUAAGGCGGUAUUGAUUGUGUCAAUAUCUAUCACCUUGAUUACUCAAAUUUUUUCGACCUUUGCAGCUACGUUGUAAACUUCCAUUCAUAGGCUAGGUUGUAGCAACCUCAUGAUGGGUAUAGGGAAGAUUUGAGUAUCAUGUAGUAGCCUAAACCUAUCGCUGUUACAUUGAACUGGCUGAAUGGAAUAUGAAUGUCUGUCAUCCAAUAUGCUAUAAUAGAAAUAAGACCAUGCUCAUAAAAAAAGAAAUAUCAUCCUCCCUCAUCUUAAACGGCACUGACCGCCACUGUACCAUACCCCAUUCAAAGGCACUUAAAUAUUUUGUCUUGCCCAUUCACCCUCUGAAUGGCACACAUACACAAUCAAGGCUUAAAAAUCCUUCUUUAACCUGUCUCCUCCCCUUCAUCUACACUGAUUUGAAGUGGAUUUAACAAGUGACAUCAAUAAGGGAUCAUAGCUUUCACCUGGAUUCCUGGUCAGUCUAUGUCAUGGAAAGAGCAAAUGUCCUUAAUGUUUUGUACACUCAGUGUAUAUUAAAACUAUAUAGUUCCUCACAGUAAGCUAUUUAAGACAUACCUCAUAAUAUGAAAUAAAGCAUUCCAGUUUCGAACAAUUAAGUAUGUUUUCAAAAUGCAUACUCUCUCCAGCUCACAUUGUAAAGUGGUGGGUGACGCGCUGAUAGACUGUUUCCUGCACUUGAAUGGUGAAUGGGAGGCGCGCUUCAAUUACCAGUUGAGAAAUAAAAAUAGUAGCUCUCUUUAAUCGUGCACCAAAACGGUUUUUAACACGCAAUUGCGUUUAGAACUGUUGCACAAUGAAUGGUUUUAUAAAAUCAGGUUUUACUCCAGCAGUAAGUGAGGAGCUGCAGGAGAAAUCCCCCUCAAAAUAGUCUCUGUAUGCUGUGAUAGUUGUUGGAUAAAUAAGAUACAUGAUGACAAACGAAAAUACACACAGGCCAAUUUAAUUCCACUAAAUUAUGCAAAUUCACUUAUAGACCCCAUACGCAUGACGGUCAAAUGUUUUUCCAUCAAUUAAUAAAAAGCAUUCUUUUGCAAUGCGAUUUUUUUAAUUUAUCGGCUUUUCAUUUUUGGGGGGUGCCAAAAGCCGGCAACUGCUGGCUAACGGAAACCCUGGUGUGUUUGUGUAACUUAUCUCUCUCUCUGUGUGUCCCUGCAGCCAGUGCCUUGUCCUCGGGCUCCCAUAAAGAUGACGACACGUCCUCAGUCACCAGCCUGAACUCGUCCGCUACGGGACGGCGGCUCAAAAUCUACCGCACCUUCAGGGACGAGGACGGCAAGGAGUAUGUCCGCUGUGAGACAGUCCGCAAACCCUCCGUCAUAGACGCCUACACCAGGAUCAGAACCACCAAGGAUGAUGAGUUCAUGUGAGUCCGUCCGUCUGUGUAGUGUGUGUGUGUGUGUGUGUGUGUGUGUGUGUGUGUGUGUGUGCGCCCUGUGUGUAUGUGUGUGCGCAUGCGGUCUGUGUGUCUGCGCCGUGUGUGUGUGUGUCCAACCUGUCACUAAGUCUCUGUCUGCCUGUCUCUGUCUGCCUCUACAGAAGAAAGUUUGCUGUGUUUGACGAGCAACACAGAGAGGAGAUGAGGAAGGAGCGGAGGAGGAUCCAGGAACAGCUGAGGAGGCUGAAGAGGAACCAGGAGAAGGACAGGUUCAAGGGCCCCCCGGAGAAGAAGCCGAAGAAGGUCAAGGAGAGGCCAGACCUCAAGGUAAAAGUAAGCUUGCCAGCCCAUAAUGAUUCAACUCCAAGACUAUCCUCCCCGCUUUUCCAUAACCUGCUGUCUGUUUUCCUGCUGAUCUGCGCUGUUUCUAAAAUAGGAUAAUUCGAUUCAAGAUAAACCUUCCUCACUGUUUUCACACUUUUCUUAAUAUAUAUUAUAUUGCUUAUAAUAAGCAUGAUAAUGUAGUGUUUGUAUGUGAUGUGGCACUUAUUGUGCCAUGUGAUGCAGUGAGCUGCAGUUUCCAUUCCUAUACAGCGUGUUUGUCCGAUUGUUAACUACAUCUCUUUUUCUUCCUCCCCCUUGCCCUAGCUGAAGUGCGGAGCAUGCGGUGCCAUCGGGCACAUGCGAACCAACAAGUUCUGCCCGCUAUACUAUCAGACCAACGCCCCGCCCUCCAACCCGGUUGCCAUGACAGAGGAGCAGGAGGAGGAGCUGGAGAAGACUGUCAUCCACAACGACAACGAGGAACUCAUCAAGGUGGAGGGAACCAAGAUCGUCCUGGGCAAGCAGCUUAUCGAGAGGUACCACAUAGACAGACAGACUAGACAUUCAGGAGAAAAGGAGACUUAAACGUAAAUAUUUCCAUGUUACUAGAGUGACAGAAGUCUUUUUACUCUUAUAUUGAGUUGGUAAUGCCAGCUUCAAACCACCAAAAGAUAUUGCACAGCUAAUUGAGCUUCUGUAGAUCUGUCCAUUAUGUGCUGUACGUCUGUCUAAAUAACCACGUUUCAAUCCAACCACUUUAUGCAGAUUAAUUACCUGACGCAACUGGGCUGAUGGAAACAGGAAAUGCCAGUACAAUUUUAUAAAUGCUGACAAACUAUUUGUUCGUUCGACAUGGUGGGAUAUUUUUGUGUCUAUAAAAUUAAUUAGCAAGAAAUAUUUAUAUAAUAACCAUCAUAUCGAAGUAAACUUGGAGUCAGGCGGUGGAUGAUAUGUUGUGUGGUCCUCCCACUACGACUCGGGAAACCAUGCAGUUUAUUAGGCUACAGAUGAAAUAAGUUAUGAUGAACCUCACAAGGCGGUGAAUGUGCAAGGUGAUGAGCUUGAUGCUCCUUUCCAAUAAAUAUUGAGGGUCUUAUUCUGGUGACAUGAUAAUCAAUGCUUGGCUGUCGUUUGACAAAUACAAAUAAUAUCGUUCUUAUCCAUAAUAAUCUCAUCAUGUAGACUAACCUACCCACACUGUAUCUGCCAGCUGUUGGCUAGAGCGCACAUGCCAAGACCAGAGUAGGCACAUUUGCUAUAGAACGCAACAGUUUUUGAGAGAAAACCAUCAGUAGAGUUGAAAAUGCGACGGAAACCCAUUUAACUUGUAUUUUUUAUUCGGUACAUGGGAAUUUAACCGCAAAAGGUAUUUUUAUGUGCGCUACGUCAUCACGCACAGCCUUUUAUCUGCAAAAAGUAAGUUUGAUGGAAACGCAUCUCUGGUGGGAAAAUGCGCAUAUUGGUUUAUGAAGAUUUUAGAAUAUUCGCAUGGAAAUCUGUCGCAAAUUGGACGGAAACCUAGCUAAAGUUUGUGAUAUAUCGCGUUGUGCUGCUGUGUAAAGGACCACGUUGUCUCCUCUUCCAGUGCUGAUGAGGUGCGUAGGAAAUCCCUGGUGCUGAAGUUCCCCAAACAGCAUCUUCCCCUCAAGAAGAAGAGACGUGUGGGGACCACUGUACACUGUGACUACCUCAAUGUGAGCCUGACAGUUGUUGCAUAUGACUAUUCUGUUCAAGCAGGCUCUAGAAAAUCUUUAACACUGUGAUUGUUGUUUUGUUGUAACUUGUCGUCCUCUCACAGAGGCCCCACAAAUCCAUCCACCGCCGACGUACUGACCCCAUGGUCACCCUUUCCUCAGUCCUGGAGAGCGUCAUCAACGACAUGCGGGAUCACCCUAAUGUAAGAUACGCACAUACAUUCACACAAUUCACUGCUUACAGACAGACAGACUGACUGCCUACAGGCUUUCCUCUCUCUCCUUCCUUCUCUCCUCCCUCCCUCUACUUCUCUUCUAGACCCCCUCCCUGCCUCAAUUCCUCUGACCUCAUGUUAUAGGCUUUCUCUCCUCUCCCUAUCUCUCUCUCUCUAUCGCCUAUCUCUCCUCUUAUCUCUCUCCUCUCCUCUUCUCCUUCUCUCUCCCCUCUCUAUCUCUCCUUUCUCUCUUCGAUCUCUCUCCCCUCUUUCUCUCCUCUCCUCUCCUCCCCCCUCUCCUCUCUCUCUCUCUCUCUACUUCUCUCGCGUCUCUCUCUCUCUCUCCUCUCCGCUCUAGCUCUCUCUCUCUCAGCCUCUCCCCUCUCUUUCCCCCUUCUCCUCUCUCUCUCUCUUCUCUCUCUUCUCCCCUCUCUCUCUCUCUCUCUCCCCCCUCUCUCUCUCUCCCCUCUCUUUCUCUCUCACACACAAACACACUCACACACACAAUUGUAAUGUCUUUACCUCUUGUUACAGACAUACCCCUUCCACACACCGGUCAAUGCCAAGGUGGUGAAGGACUACUAUAAGGUCAUCCCUCGUCCCAUGGAUCUACAGACGCUACGGGAGAAUGUGCGCAAGCGUGUGUACCCCUCCCGGGAGGAGUUCAGAGAGAACGUGGAGCUCAUCGUCAAGAACAGCGCCACAUACAAUGGUACAACUUUAAAAUACUUGAAGCCUUAGAGAAUGACUGUAAUAUUUGACUCUGUCCGACCAUUAUAUAAAUCUUAUUGAGACUGUAAUUGUUGUUGUGUAUUCAGGUGCCAAGCAUCCAAUAACCCAGGUGGCGCAGACUAUGCUGGACCUUUGUGAUGAGAAACUGAAAGAGGUACGUGUGAACGCUGAUGGAUUCCUGGAUGGGUGCCAUUUUGGACACCGCCCAAUGUCUGCUGCUGUGUUUGCAGAAGGAGUGUGAAAAUGUUCAGCAACUCUUGGAAGACAAUGGAAGUGGCCUUCAGUACUUGUUUAUUAUUGAACCGAUAAAUUCCUUUGUCUUGUGCAGAAGGAAGACCGGCUGGUGAGACUGGAGAAAGCCAUCAAUCCCCUGCUGGACGAUGACGACCAGGUGGCCUUCUCCUUCAUCUUGGACAACAUCGUCACUCAGAAGAUGAUGGCCGUGCCUGACGUGAGUGGAGCUCCACACAAUCAUCAGGGUUUCUACUUUCUUUCGGACGCUUCGGAUGUCACUGAGAGAAUAUCUGCUAUUAGUAUUUUCUCUGUGACUAAGUCAUUUUACUGAGCAGUCUUUUCUUUGCCCUAAACAAAUGCCUAACGUUUAGAGCGUUGGGCCAGAAACCCAAAGGUUGCUGGUUUGAAUACCCGAGCCGACAAGGUGACGAAUAUGUAGAUGUGCCCUUGAGCAAGGCACUUAACCUUAAUUUGCUUUAUGGGUGCCGUACUUCUAUGGCUGACCCUUUAAAAACACAUUUCACUGCACCUAUCCGGUGUAUGUGACAAUAAAAUAAAUAAAUAAAAUGUAUUAAAAUAUUGACAAUUGUGGCAAUACUUCAAUCAAGCACUCAGUGAUGAUGUUCUAACUGUCCUUACUCUGCCUGUAUCCCCUCUUCAGUCUUGGCCGUUCCACCAUCCAGUCAACAAGAAGUUUGUUCCAGAUUACUACAAAGUGAUAGUCCAACCCAUGGACCUGGAGAAUGUCCGCAAGGUGAGUUAGUUAGCGGAAGUAGACUUCGGUGUGAGCUUUGAGGAAAACCUGAACUCUAUCUUGUACAAACCCUCUCCCCCUCUCACCCCGUAGUCCAAUCCUUUUGUUCCUUUGCUGGUUUCCUUAAGUAAUAUACACACUGGACUGUCACACCAACAAUAACAGCCAGGGCCAGUCCUAGUAAAGAUGAGGAAAACCACAACAAAGACUCAUUUUGGAUCCUCCCAUGCCAAGAUGGAUCUAACCUACACUACCAGUCAAAAGUUUUAGAACACCUACUCAUUCAAGGCCUUUUCUUUAUUUUUACAAUUUUCUACAUUAUAGAAUAAUAGUGAAGACAUCAAAACUAUGAAAUAACACAUGUGGAAUCAUGUAGUAACCAAAGAAGUGUUAAACAAAUCCAAAUCAAUUUUAUAUUUGAGGUUCUUCAAAUAGCCACCCUUUGCCUUGAUGACAGCUUUGCACACUCUUGGCAUUCUCUCAACCAGCUUCAUGAGGUAGUCACCUGGAAUGCGUUUCAAUUAACAGUUGUGCCUUCUUAAAAGUUAAUUUGUGGAAUUUCUUUCCUUAAUGCGUUUGAGCCAAUAAGUUGUGUUGUGACAAGGUAGGGUUGAUAUACAGAAGUAAGCCCUAUUUGGGAAUAGCAUCUCUGUUCUGAAGCUGUUCUGAGGUCAAAAGGGGGGGGUGCAACUCAAUAUUAGGAAGGUGUUCUUAAUGUUUUGUACACUCAGUGUAUAUGUAAUAUACAGAAUAUAUUACAGAAUGCAGUAGAUGGUAAUAUAGUGUAAUAUAAUCAUUUAUGUUAUUUAAAAGUCUCUCUGUGUGAUGUGGUCCAACAGAACAUAUCCAAACACAAGUACCAGAACCGGGAUGUGUUCCUGUUUGACGUCAGCCUGGUCCACACCAACAGUGUCAAGUACAACGGUCCAGACAGUCCUUACACCAAGACGGCCCUGGAGAUAGUCAACGUGUGCAAGCAGACCCUGGCAGAGGUGUGUGUAUGAAACAGCAGGACAGGGACAUAAUGAAAGUCUCUAUACUUUAUGACUUCAUUAUGUUUCCUCCAACCGCGAUCAUUUGACUGUUGCUUGAUAUAUCCCCAGUAUGAUGAGCACCUGACCCAGCUGGAGAAGGACAUCUCCACAGCUAAAGAGGCUGCUCUGGAUGCAGCAGACCUGGAUAGCCUGGACCCCAUGACUCCUGGAACCUACACACCACAGGUAGCAAUGUUCCUGUCCCAUGUGUGGCCCAGAAACAAGCCAGAUGCCACCAAUGGGCCCUUAAAUCCCCAUCACCCCCAGUCACCAAAUAAAGUACCUAAACUCAACCCUCACAUGCUCCAGAGUUGGGGAAUGUAACUCCUCUCCAAGGACCUACUUUUUAACCUCUGUCUGCUGUAGUCUCUCCCUCCAUAUUACAUAGCCUCUUCACAUUCUAGUCUUUCUCUGCCUUGUAGUUCCUCUUUAGCACUGUUGUAUGUGUCUGCAAUUUAGUAGUUGUUUCUAUAGCCUCUGUAUAUCUUAGUCUCUAUACUAUCCUUCCUACCCUGUGGUUAUCUCUUCUCCUCCCUCUUUCCUGUGUGUUUGUGUGUGUGUGUGUGUGUGUGUGUGUGUGUGGUGGGCAGCCUGCCAAUGUGUUUGACAGCAGUGCCUCUGUGAGCCUGCACAGAGAGACCAGACUGUUCUCUGAGGUUAAGGCAUCUCUAAUGGCUGUUCCAGAGAAGAGGGGGUUAGGGAAGGUACGGAGAGAGAUCCUCCAGGAGUGUAACGGGCGUCUGUCUCAUCCAGGGAUCACCUCUCCUUUAACCACCCUCUCGCCUCCCAUCCCCCCGUUCCUUCUUGCACAUUCACCUGGUCGUCCCCUUCUAGUUCUUCCCUUUCCAUUCCCACAAUGUGGAUCCUGACUGGUGCAUGCUCAUCCUAACGUAGAGCCAUUCCAAGAUCCCUUUCUGCAUUUUAUUCCUAAGACAAAGAUGCUUCCUCCCCAUAACUCAUUUGGUUCAUUUGUCUGCCUGUUUCACUUGUGUGUUACUUUUGCUCCUAAUUGUGACUGCUUGUAAUACUAGCGUUCUGUUUGCCCUGACAAUUAUCUCUUUUCAGCCAUCAUCUCUAUUGCUUCACAAGUCAUCACUCUGUCUUUCCCCAGAAGUAUCCCUCCUGUCUCCGUCAGUGUUGCUUAACUUCUCUGUGUGUCUCUAGGGUCGUCAUAGAAGACUAGGAGAGGAGGAGUCGGACGUGGACAUCGAGGGCUUCGAGGAGGAGUAUGACGGCAAGCCCAAGACACCAACUCCUGUAAGACUCAGAUCAUGGAGUCAUCAUGGGGUUUAGAGUGGAUGGAUUUGGAGACUGUUUGUAGUUCAGUCAAACUAGUCAUUUUAAUGAUAAUGACCUGUUCCCCAGGCUGAGGAUGGUGAGGGAGACCUGGAGUAUGAGGAGGAUGAAGAGGAGAUGCUGUUGCCGCCGCCCCGCAGACGACUGCAGGGCCACGAGGAUGAUGAUUAUGAUGAGGAUGACGGCUCCAGUCGGCCAACCCAGGCCAGUGUGCUGUACCAGGACCUGCUCAUGUCAGACGGAGAGGAUGACGCCAGCGAAGAGGAGGGAGACAACCCGUUCUCCUGUGAGUCACACUGGGGUGGAGGUUAUCAUAGGAUGGAGUGAGAUUAUGAAUAGAGAUUCAAUUAACAUUAAGUUCAUCAAGGUUAAUUAAAACCUACAUCCUAUGAUUUGGGGAUAUCUGUAGGACACUACAGACAGUAUGUGAUAUCUGAGGUUCUAAUGGUGUGUCCUGUCCCGCCCCAGCGAUCCACCUGUCGGAGAGUGGCAGUGACUCAGACAGAGAGGUGGAGGUGCGUCCCCCGCCCCCUCCCAGACCCCACCAAGAGACGGCCCGCAUGGGCCUGGAGCAGGACGACAGCAUGAUGUCAUACGGGGAAGAGGUGCCGGAUGAGACCCACCUGGAGGACAGUAAUGUCAGGUACAGCAUAGAGCCAGCAACCACCAUGGCCGACACAUUAUGUACAUGGUGGAUUUACAUCGUUGUUUGGAUCUUGGGCCCUAUUAACCCAUACUUUACCCCUCCCUCUCUUUAUCUCCCCCUUUCCCAUAGUUAUGGGAGCUAUGAGGAGCCGGAGGGUCAGACCCAGACCCAGACCUCCAGCAUGGGCAAUGGAGAGGGAUAUGGCAUGAGUGAGGAAGAGGAGGAAGAUGAGGAAGAGGCAGCUCGGAGGAGAGGUCCCAGUGUGCUGUCCCAGGUGCAGCUGAGUGAGGAUGAGGACAGCGAAGAGUUCAGGUCCAUUGGGGGUGACAGUGACAUGGACUCAGACAACUAG